UUAAAUGAGAAAUUCAUAAAUCCUCUUAAUUUUUCAUCCUUCCCUUCCCAAUUGCAGUGAAAGUUUCGAUUUGCACGAAAAGCAAAUUCAAAUCAAUUCUACAGCAAUAGAAMACAACACAACUGAAAAAUUCACAAAUUAGUUUAAAAAUAAAGUGCAAAAAAUUUACAACAGCAAAAAUUUGCAAAGUAAAGAAAAUUGUGUUCAAGUAAUAGUCGGAGCGCUGUGCGCGGUCUCCAAGCAAAGAUUUUGGAUUUCGAUUUGGAAUUAACUGUGUCUCGAAGCGUGUGUCUCGCUGUGUGUGUGGAGUAGCGCGCGGCCGGUGACAGAAUGUAUUAAAUUCGGAUUCGAUUGCAAGAAAGUUAUGCAAAAAUGAGAAUAUUUUUGCCACUAGUCACGUGGAUAGUGCUACUUUCGAGUACAGUACAUUCACAAAUCAAAACGAUACGAUCGGACCAAGCGCAUUUGAAAAAUAGCCGUUUUGGUGGCGAAGUAUUUUUUCUAAAUCUUGAAGAUGGCUAUUUUGGCUGUCAAGUUAAUGAGUCUACAGAUUAUUUACAAUUAUUCGAAUUAUCGAAAUUAUGCGACGGCAGGCGAGAUUGUUUUCUCGGUGCCGAUGAGCUGAGAGAGGAGCUCAAAUGCACAAAUGAAAACGAGUGCAAAUAUCGCCCAUGCGAUGUGUUUGCGCACUGCAUCAACACGCUUGGCAGCUUCACGUGUACCUGCUUUCCCGGCUAUCACGGCAAUGGGCUUCACUGCGAAGAUAUCGACGAAUGCCAAGAUCCUACGAUAAGAGCGCGUUGCGUCGAGAACGCCGAGUGCUGCAAUCUGCCAGCGCAUUAUCUCUGCAAAUGUAGGGACGGCUAUGAAGGCGACGGCGAGGUGCUGUGCACAGACCUCGACGAGUGCCGAAGUCCGACUGCCUGCGGCACGGGUGCGCAAUGCAUCAACACACCUGGCAAUUACACCUGCGCAUGUCCCGAAGGCUACCAUGGCGAUCCAUAUUACAGCUGUACGGACAUCGACGAGUGCACACAUCCGAAUGCCUGCGGUCCAGGCGCCAUCUGUACGAACCUCGAGGGCGGUUAUCGCUGCGACUGCCCGGAAGGUUACGACGGUGAUGCGCGCUCCGCCAACGGCUGUGCCGACUAUGAUGAAUGUGCGCGUUCGCCAUGCGGCCGUAAUGCGCAAUGCCUGAAUACGGACGGUAGCUUCAAAUGUAUUUGUCCCGAUGGCUACGCGGGUGAUCCCAGUCAAGGUUGUGAAGACGUCGACGAGUGCUCCACUAACAAUCCAUGCGGUUUGGGUGCUGAAUGCGUGAAUAUUGGCGGUAGCUUUGCGUGCCAUUGUCCGCCCGGCUAUGCGCUCGAAUUCGAACGGGAGUAUAGUCUGGGYGGCGGCGGCAUCUAUGGCGGCAAUGGCACAACACUAAGGGUUACCGGCGCCGGUUUAGCUUGUGUCGAUAUAGAUGAAUGUAAUAUGGAUAAUGGUGUGGCCAAGUGUGGCACGAACGCAAAAUGCAUUAACUUUCCGGGCUCAUAUCGUUGCUUAUGCCCGAGCGGCUUCCAAGGACAGGGGUAUUUGCAUUGUGAAAACAUCAACGAGUGCCAGGACAAUCCUUGUGGCGAGAACGCGAUCUGCACCGAUACCGUCGGUAGCUUUGUCUGCACCUGUAAAACAGACUACACCGGUGAUCCCUUCCGCGGCUGCACGGACAUCGAUGAGUGCACUGCACUGGAGAAACCCUGCGGCACCCAUGCCAUAUGCGAAAAUGCCGUACCUGGCUAUAAUUGUAAGUGUCCACAGGGCUUCGAUGGAAAGCCAGACCCGAAAGUGGCCUGCGAACAGGUCGAUGUGAAUAUACUUUGUCGCAGCAGUUUCGAUUGCACCAACAAUGCUGAAUGUAUUGAGAAUCAAUGUUUCUGUUUGGAUGGCUUCGAACCGAUUGGCUCCAGUUGUGUGGACAUCGAUGAAUGUCGCACGCAUGCGGACGCCUGUGGCGUGCACGCACAAUGUAUAAAUACGCCCGGCUCUUUCCGAUGCGAUUGUGAGGCUGGCUUUGUGGGCACACCGCCGCGCAUAGCCUGUAAGGAACCCUGUGAGGAUGUGCAUUGUGGCGAGCAUGCCUACUGCAAGCCAGAUGGCAAUGAGGCUUAUUGUAUUUGCGAAGACGGUUGGACUUUCAAUCCCAGUGACAUCUCAGCUGGUUGUGUGGAUAUUGACGAGUGUGAUGCGGUACAUGGUCCGUUUGGCAGUUGUGGCGUCAAUGCGACGUGCACGAAUACGUUGGGUAGCUUUAGUUGUGCCUGUCCAUCAGGCUUUUCCGGCGAUCCGCAUGCCAAAUGCGUCGACGUGGAUGAAUGUCGCGUGGGCAAUAAGUGUGGUGAAGGCGCGGAAUGUGUUAAUAUGAAUGGCGGCUAUACAUGCCGUUGUCCAGCUGAUACGAUCGCUGAUCCAGAUCCCACAGUGCGUUGCGUACCAAUUGUUACGUGCGCCUCAAACAACGACUGUCCCGGCAAUGCAAUUUGCGAUGCGGAAAAACGUUGUCUAUGUCCACAGCCCAAUAUCGGCAAUGAUUGUCGUCAUCCUUGUGAAGCGGUUAAUUGCGGCGCACAUGCACAAUGCAUGUUGGCCAAUGGCCAAGCGCAGUGCUUGUGUGUCGAGGGUUAUACGGGUAGCCCCAAUACACCCGGCGGUUGUAAUGACRUCGACGAAUGUAAGACGAAUCCAUGUCAAGCGAAUGCUAUCUGUACCAAUACAGCUGGUGGUUAUCUUUGCCAGUGUCCAAGUGGCGCAAGCGGUGAUCCCUAUCGUGAGGGCUGCACCGCAGGAAAAGUCGCAUUCACUUGUUCCGACUCGAAUCCCUGCUCGCCGGGUGAAACCUGCGUCACAGACUCAUAUACCGGUAGUGGUGUGUGUAUUUGUCGUCAAGGCUACGAACGUAAUGCAGAGUCAGGUCUUUGCCAGGAUGUGGAUGAGUGUUCCGCGAAUCGUCAGAAGGCGGCUUGUGGCCUUAAUGCGCUUUGUAAAAAUCUACCCGGUAGUUAUGAAUGUAAAUGUCCACAAGGUUUUAGCGGUAAUCCGUUCGUUAUGUGCGAGCAAUGCAAGUCACCGGAAUGUCAAUGUCAACCACCCUACAAGUUGGUUGGCAACAGUUGUAUACUCGCCGAUUGCUCAAAGGAUAAGAAAUGUCCGAACGGUGCUGAAUGUAUUUCAAUCGCUGGUGGCGUUAGUUACUGUGCCUGCCCGAAAGGCUAUAAGACCGGACCCGAUGGUUCAUGUGUUGAUGUGAACGAAUGUGUGGAGCGUGAUUCGCAAGUGUGCGCUUUUGGCGCUGAAUGUAUUAAUAUACCUGGCGGUUUCACGUGUGCAUGCCCUGAGGGCUAUAACGGCGACCCUUACCAUGGACUCUGUGCGCCAGCGCAACGUAAAUGCGCUGCCGAUAAGGAAUGUGGCACGAAUGAGAAAUGCGUACAACCUGGCGAGUGUGUCUGUCCACCACCAUUCUUCUUGGAUCCCUACGACAAUAAUAAGUGUAAAAGUCCUUGCGAACGCUUCCCCUGCGGCAUCAACGCCAAGUGCACACCAACCGAUCCGCCACAAUGUAUGUGUGAACCGGGUUUCAAAGGUGAUCCGCUUAUGGGUUGUACCGAUGAGGAUGAAUGUGCACACUUGCCUUGCGCUUAUGGCGCUUACUGUGUUAAUAAGAAGGGCGGUUAUCAGUGUGUUUGCCCGAAAGGCUUUACAGGUGAUCCAUACAAGAGCGGUUGCAUACUGGAGACCGGCGUACCGAAGAGUAAAUGCACUGCCAACGAAGACUGUGCAAGCAAUUUGGCUUGCGUUGAAGGCACUUGUGUGUCGCCAUGCUCCAGCUUACUUUGUGGACCCAAUGCAUUCUGUGAGACUGAAAACCAUGCCGGCUGGUGUCGUUGUCGCGUCGGCUAUAGUAAAGAUCAAAACGGCGAUUGUGUAUCACAAUGUAAGGAUAUUAUUUGUGGAGAAAGUGCGCUUUGCAUACCAACGGCAGAGGGACCAACGUGUAAAUGUCCACAAGGUUCCUUCGGCAAUCCAUUCCCAGGUGGCUCCUGCUCAACGGACCAAUGUAGUGCCUCACGUCCAUGUGCUGAGCGUCAAGUUUGUAUCAAUGGGCGCUGUAAGGAACGCUGUGACGGCGUGGUAUGCGGCAUUGGUGCCACUUGUGACAGGAAUAGCGGCAAAUGUGUUUGUGAACCCAACUUUAUUGGCAAUCCGGAUCUCGUGUGUGUACCACCUGUUAAAUAUGCUGAAUGUGAACCGAAGUGCGGUGACAAUGCGCACUGUGAGUAUGGUUUCGGCAGCAGCGUAUGCGCUUGCAACCCCGGCACAACGGGCAACCCCUACGAAGGUUGUGGUCCACAAAACAAGAAUAUAUGCGCACCCAAUAGUUGCGGUACGAAUGCUGAAUGUCGUGCUGAUGGCCAACAAAUCAGUUGUAUCUGCCCACAAGGGUUCACGGGUAACGCCUACGUGGGCUGCCUCGAUGUAGAUGAGUGUGUAAACAAACCUUGUGGUCUCAAUGCAGCCUGUCUCAAUACACACGGAGGAUUCGAGUGUCUCUGCCUAUCCGGAUUCGCUGGUGAUCCGUUCAGUAGCUGCCAACCUGUCGAUACUACCUUCUGUAAUGAUGCUGAUAGAUGCGAAUGUAACGCACGCGUCGAAUGCCCCGAUGGCUACACUUGUGAGAGCGGUAAGUGCAAGAAUCUAUGUUCAAAGACUGCCUGCGGCCCAAGAGCCGCCUGCGAUGGCGGUAAGUGUAUUUGUCCACUCGGUUAUAUUGGGGAUCCAUACGACACCACUAGUGGUUGCACCAUCCGCGGACAAUGUAACAACGAUGCCGAUUGUAAGCUCUCGGAAAUUUGCUUCCAAUUGGGCAAAGGUUUGCGCAAAUGUGUUGAUGCCUGCUCAAAAAUACAGUGCGGUCCGAAUGCGCUUUGCGUGUCAAACGAUCAUCGUUCAUCUUGUAUCUGCACUGAUGGCUAUUUCGGCAAUCCAAGCAAUCUACAAGUGGGUUGCCAACCCGAACGAAAAGUUCCAGAUGAAGAGGAUAAAUGCAAAUCGGACAAUGACUGUGAAACGGGCUACUCGUGUACACCUGACAUGCACGGCACCAAAGAAUGCAUCAACCGUUGCUCGAAGGUCGUUUGUGGCACGAAUGAAGUGUGCCACAUUGAUGCGAAUGGACAUGCGCUAUGCAACUGCGCCGAUAGCUUUGUUUGGAAUCCCGUCACUUCAUCUUGUGAAAAGCCUUCACUGCCUGACUGUACUAGUGAUACGGACUGCCCAGCUGCUUCCGCCUGUAGACCCGACGUAGUCGGUGUACUCAAGUGUGUCUCAAUCUGCGAUGAAUUUACAUGUCCGGCCAAUUCGGUUUGUGUAGCGCGUAAUCACGAAGGACGCUGUGAUUGUCUAACGGGCUACGUUGGCAAUCCAAACGAUCGAAAUGGCUGCCAGCCUGUGACAAAGAAUCAAUGUCGCACCAAUGCUGAAUGUGCCGAAUCGGAAGCAUGUGUAAAAUAUGGACCUACAGAGAGUCUGACUUGUCGACCAGCUUGUGAGAGUGUUAAAUGCGGUCCUCGUGCCGUAUGCAUCACUAAUAAUCACAUGUCUCAGUGCCAAUGUCCACCAGGACCAUAUGCCGGUGAUCCAAAUGAUCCAUUCAAUGGCUGUCAGAGCGUACCAUGUGUCUACAAUCACGAUUGUCCUCCAACCAAAAUGUGUAACCGUAUGACACAUACCUGCUACGAUGUCUGCGAUGACGAAUCCUGUGGAGAGAACGCCAUUUGUAUUGCUGAAGAUCAUCGUGCCGUAUGUCAAUGUCCACCUGGCUUUAAAGGAAAUCCCAUGCCCGAAGUGGAAUGCACAAAAGUUAGCGGCUGUCAGCCCGGCACAUGUCAUCACUCUGCCAUUUGUGAGGUCACACCAACUGGACCAACGUGCCGCUGUCCCGAAAACUUUCUUGGCGAACCCGGAACAACCGGCUGUCGUCCAGUUGGCCAAUGUCCAAAUGGCGAUGCCGAUUGUCCAGCGAAUACCAUUUGCGCUGGUGGUCGUUGCAUUGAUCCCUGUGAGAAUGCUUGCGGUCAGAACUCGGAAUGUAAGGUGGUUAAUCGCAAACCAGUUUGCAGUUGCCCAUUGAAAUUCCAACAAAACGGUGAAUCACCUAAAGAAGGAUGUGUACGUUCAGUGUCUAGAUGUAGGUCUGACAUCGACUGUGGCGGUGAAAUUUGCUACAAUGGACAAUGUCGCGUAGCUUGCCGUAAUUCAGAUGAUUGUUCGGUAGGUGAAAAAUGUUUGAGCAAUAUUUGUGUGAUACCUUGUCUGGACCAUAGUCAGUGUACAUCAGGUUUGGCCUGCUUGGAUGGCCUUUGCGUUCUUGGCUGUCGCAGCAAUAAGGAUUGCCCAUCGGAUCAAUCUUGCAUUAACAAUAAAUGUGCCGAUCCCUGCAAGACAGGCGGUAUCUGCGGUCCCAAUGCGCUCUGCAGCAUCGACAAACAUCUCAGUCAGUGCACUUGUCCCGAAGGAUUCGAGGGUAAUCCCACACCGGAGCAAGGUUGUGUACGUGUACCGGCGCCAUGCAUGGCUACCAAUCAAUGCCCAAGCAGCCACAUGUGUAUCGGCAACCAAUGUAAUUUGCCAUGUCAGAAGACAACGGCUUGCGCAAUCGGCGAACGUUGCUACCAGAAUGUUUGUCGCAAAGUUUGUUACACAAGCAACAACUGUUUGCCUGGUGAAAUUUGUAAUAAUGACGGCACUUGUCAACCUGGCUGUGACUCCGAUGCUGAUUGUCCACCUACAGAGCUCUGUCUCAGCGGUAAAUGCAAAUGUGCUGCCGGUUUUAUUGGCACACCAUUCGGUUGUUCAGAUAUCGAUGAAUGUACUGAGGAGCCUUGUCAUCCAACAGCACGUUGCGAGAACCUUCCCGGGUCUUAUCGCUGUAUUUGCCCCGAAGGUACAGUGGGUGAUGGUCUCACUCAACAAGGUUGUAUUAAACCGAAGGAAUGUUAUAAGGAUGACGAUUGCGCGAACAAUCUAGCCUGCGUUAGUGAUAAGUGUACAGAGCCCUGCAGCAACACCACUUGUGGACCGAAUGCGCUUUGCAAUGCAGAAAAUCAUCAAGCUUCUUGUUAUUGCCCACCCGGACAUUUGGGUGAUGCCAGCGAGCAUACAGUCGGCUGCUUCAAGGUCGAAUGUAUCGUAAAUGAGGACUGUGCCAGCGAUAAGGCUUGCGAUGACGAGACUAAUCGUUGCAUCAAACCAUGCGAUCUUAUUUCAUGCGGCAAAGGCAGUUGUAGUGUUGCAAAUCAUCAAGCUUUAUGUACUUGCUACGAAGGUUACCAGCUCGUAAACAAUAUCUGCGAAGAUAUCAACGAAUGUCUCUCCCAACCUUGCCACAGUACAGCUUUCUGCGAAAAUCAACCCGGUACAUACCAAUGCCAAUGUCCGGAAGGUCUUAUAGGCGAUCCAAUUAAUGUGGGUUGUCGCGAUCCCAACGAAUGUCUCACCGACUCAGAUUGUCCUUCAAGCGCAAGUUGUCAAAAUGCACGCUGUCGUAGCCCUUGUGAACGCGAGAAUGCCUGCGGUCGUAAUGCCACCUGUUUGGCUCAAUCACAUAAUGCCAUUUGCGCUUGUCCACCCAAUUCACGUGGUGAUCCAUCUAUUGAAUGCGUCUACAUCGAGUGCUCGGAAAACGAGGACUGUGCCAAUGAGAAAGCCUGCAUGGACUCCAAAUGUAUCGAUCCCUGCGCUCUGCCAAAUGUUUGUGGCACUAAUGCGCGUUGCACUGCCCAGAAUCAUAUCGGUGUUUGUACCUGUGAAAGUGGCACAACGGGCGAUGCACAACUCGGCUGUGUCGCGCUACAAUACUGCAACACAGACAGUCAGUGUGCUUCGGGCACAAUAUGUACCAACGGCAUCUGCGCUUCGCUCUGUAGUUCCGUGCGUGAUUGCAUCUCGGAUCAAUUGUGCAUACAAGGCGUUUGUCAGCCAACAUGCCGUUCGAACUCAUCAUGCCCCGAAUUCCAAUAUUGUCACAAUAGCAUUUGCACCAAGGAGGUGCUUUGUCACAACGACGACGACUGUGAUGUGAACGAGAACUGUAUACAGGAUACCUAUGGACGCGCUUCAUGCGAGAAUGUUUGUCUGGGUCGAGCUCUUUGCGGACGCAAUGCUGAGUGUAUAGCACGUAGCCACGCGCCUGAUUGUGAAUGCAAGGAGGGAUUCUUCGGUGAUCCGAAGAGUGGCUGUCGAAAGAUUGAAUGCUCUGCGGACGCUGAGUGCUCCAACGAUAAAACAUGUGAUGAUCAUAUGUGUAAAAUAGCUUGCCUUAUCGGCGAACCGUGUGGUGAGAAUGCCCUAUGUACUACGGAAAAUCAUAAACAAGUCUGUCACUGUCAGCCUGGCUUUACCGGUGAUCCGCGCGUACGUUGUGACGUUGUCGACUUUUGUAAGGAUGCUCCGUGCGGUCCGGGCGCACGUUGCCGCAAUUCGCGUGGUUCAUUUAAAUGUACUUGCCCUCCCGGUUUGGUUGGUGAUCCCUACAAUGAAGGUUGUCGCACCGCGGUGGAGUGUGAAACUAGCGAAGAUUGUCCCCCGCAUGCUGAAUGCACCAAAAUUAACGGUAUAUCCAAAUGUCAAGAUGUUUGUGCGAAUGUUAAAUGUGGUACGAAUGCCGAAUGUAUACCUAAGGGUCAUCAAGCUCAUUGUGCAUGCCGUAAUGGUUACGAUGGUAAUCCCGCUGAUCGGAUUGCCGGUUGUAAGCCACUACCCGUACCAUGUCAAAUGACCAGCGACUGCCCGACCAAUACCUACUGUUCGGAUAGUAUUUGUAAACCUGCCUGCAUACUCGACACCGAAUGUGGCACUACGGAAGUAUGCCAAGGUGGUCAAUGCGUGAAUCCCUGCCUGCAGGCGCAAGCUUGCGGCAUGAAUGCUGAAUGCCACAUACAGACGCACUACAAACAAUGCACCUGUCCAGCUGGUUUCACUGGCAAUCCGGAGGUGGAAUGUGUGCGCAUACCGGUGGCUUGUAAUAGCGAUGUGGAAUGCCACGAAGGCUAUAACUGUCACGACUCAAUGUGCCAGCCCGCUUGUCAUAGCGACCAGGAUUGUGCCCUGAAUGAGAAGUGUCUACGCGGUAGCUGUAUGCUAACCUGCCGCGUGGACAACGACUGCUUCCUGGGACAUGUUUGUCUACAUAAUAAAUGCGUUUAUGGUUGUCGUACCGACGAUGAUUGUAGCGGAUCCGAGUCCUGUCGUCAUGAUAAGUGCAUCAAUCCCUGCCUGGAUAAUCCUUGUGGUCCCAACGCUGCCUGCUCCGUAUCGAAUCAUCGUGCUAUUUGCAGCUGUCUGGAUGGUAUGGUACCGAAUCCAACACCGCAAGUCGGUUGUGUGCGCAGUCCACCGCUCGAUUGUAAUGAGAAUCGUGACUGUCCGAAUGGUUUGGCUUGCUUUGAAUUUGCAUGCCGUUCACUGUGUGCUGAUAACGCCGGUUGUCUUACGAAUGAACGCUGUCAAGGUGGCGUUUGCAAACCGCUUUGUCGACGUGACGACGAUUGUCGCGGCAGCGAAGUAUGUUUGGGACUAAGUUGCGUAGCUGGUUGCCGCUCGGAUCAAGGCUGCCCACAGGAUCUAACAUGUGUAAAUCAACAGUGUAUCAAUCCUUGCGCCGAGCCCGCUGCAUGUGGCACAAAUGCCGAAUGUUUGGUGAUUGAACAUCGCAAGCAAUGCACAUGCCCACAAGGUCUGAUCGGCAACGCAGAGGUGUCGUGUAAAGCGCCACGUACCGCUUGUGCGCGUAACGAGGACUGCGAAGGAAAUCAACUCUGCUAUGGUGGCAGCUGUCAAGGUAAAUGCCGCAAUGAUCAAAACUGCUUGGCCGAUGAGCGUUGCAUGCGCGGUACUUGUCGCACCGUUUGCAACACGGACUCCGCUUGCACACAAGGACAGAUUUGCGAAAAUCGUGUAUGCCAAAUUGGUUGCCGCAACGAUCUCACCUGCCCCAGCAGUGAGGCGUGCGUCAACAAGAAGUGCAAGAAUCCCUGCGAGGCACCUGGUCAAUGUGGUCAGUGCGCCAACUGUUUGGUGGUCAAUCAUGGUGUGCAGUGUAGCUGCCCGAAUGGUUUCCUUGGCGAUGGACUUAGUGGCUGUCAGCAGCCACCACAACGCUGCAAUCCCAACUGUCAGUGUGACGAAACAAAUACGUACUGCGCCGACGCAUGUGCGCGCACCGAAGACUGCGCUUGCGGACAAGUUUGCACACGUGGUAAAUGUCGCCAAAAGUGUGGCGCCGGCCGCAAUUGUCCACUGGGACAACUCUGCGAACGCGGCACAUGCCUGGCUGGCUGCAAAGCCAACGCCGAUUGUCCUACCGAUCAAAGCUGUAUCAAAGGUAAAUGCGCCGAUCCGUGCGCAGAUAAGUCUGCUUGCGGCCGUAAUGCGCUCUGCACUGUAUCCGAUCAUCGCAUGCUGUGCUAUUGUCCCGAUGGCUACGAAGGUGAACCCAGCACGGAAUGCGUACAAUUUGAAUGUGCUCAGGAUAACGACUGUGAACCGAAUAAACGUUGUGAUGCGGGUAAAUGUCGCAACCCGUGCUCGGAAUAUGGCGCGUGUGGUGUUAACGCACAAUGCCGUGUCGUGGAUCGCAAGCCACAAUGCUCAUGCCCACCCGACUACUUUGGCACACCCGAAACUGAGUGCCGUCCACUCGAUGGCGGGUGCGCAAAUCAUCCGUGUGGCGCUAAUUCCAAAUGUACUGAGGUACCUGGCGGUUAUGAGUGCGCCUGCAUGGACGGUUGUAUGGGCGAUGCGCACAAGGGUUGCGUCUGCGAGGGACAUCUGGUGAAUGCGUGCGCUGAACAACCAUGUGGACAAAAUGCUGCUUGCCGCGUCUUGGAUCAUAAUGAAGCGCAAUGUUAUUGCCCAGCAGAAUUCCCUUACGGUGAUGCUUAUGUAGAAUGUUACCUAACCCCACCACAAGAGGACUGUCGCACGCAGGGUUGCAUUACGGGUGAAUGCGUGCGCCAAGGCGUCGACUACGUCUGCCGGCACGACACCGAACAAUGCACAUCAGACGUCGAAUGUCCCAGUGAGAAAUCAUGCCUGCAAGGACACUGCGUUGAUCCUUGUUCGGUGCGUGGCGUUUGUGGUGCAAAUGCGCUUUGCAAGAGCGUACUACAUCGACCGCGUUGCUCCUGCCCCAGUUGCUAUAUCGGACGACCCGAAGUCGAAUGCAAGCCGGAUCCAAAGUGCACCGACGACACUAUGCUACAACCGCGUGACCCACAACAACAAAUACCCUGCGCACAGGACAACGAUUGUCCCGACCAUCUGCAGUGCAGUCACUAUGGCCAAUGUACCGAUCCAUGCCAGAAUCCGCUAUUCAUAUGCGGCGGCAGUAAGAAGUGUGAAACACGCCGCCACCAACCGGUAUGCGUGUGCAAAUCCGGCUUCAUUGUGAAUGAAUAUGGUGAAUUGACGUGCGCGCCCGAGAAGCGUGAAUGCUAUCGCGAUGAUGAUUGCGCCUCGAAUAUGGCUUGUAGUGAGGGCAAAUGCCGCAGUCCGUGCGUGGUGCCCGUGGGUCGUCAGCCCAUCUGCGCGGAGAAUAAAUCCUGCGAGGUGCAGGAUCACAAGCCAGUCUGUAUUUGUAUGAAGGAUUGUCAGCCGUCGAUAUCGAUUUGUCUGCGCGAUGCGGGCUGUCCGUCGGGUUUGGCGUGCCGCUCGUAUCAGUGCGUCAAUCCGUGCGACUUUGCAACGUGCGCACCCAACUCGCCAUGCAUCGUCGAGGAUCAUAAGCCGAUAUGUAAAUUCUGCCCGCCCGGAUUUAUAGCCGAUGCCAAACAUGGAUGUCAAAAAGAAAUCGGCUGCGCAUCGAGCGAUGAAUGCCCAACACAGCGCGCCUGCAUUAAUGACGUGUGUUUAGAUCCAUGCUCGUCUGCUAAUCCAUGUGGACGUGAUCAGGAGUGCCAAGUGAUAGAACAUCAACCGGUUUGUUCGAAAGUCUGCGAAUGUCAAAGAAAGGCCGAUUGUCAUGCCGGUUUCGAAUGCGAUGGCUGUCACUGUCGUCAAACAACUGGCCGCACACCUGGCUGCGAGCACUGCCCACCAGGCACCAACUGUGAUCCCACAACUGGCGCCUGCAUCAAAGCUAACGUUACAAUAACAACCACCACUACCAAUAUAACAACUACCAUCACCACAUCUAACCCAAUCACUGAUGUUACAACCGACAUCAACGACACAACUCAAACCGGCACAACCACGAGCACCACCACCACCACCACCAACCCCUCCAUCACUACCGCUACGCCGACAGACAGCACAACCGCACCCACAACAACCAACGCCUACUUCGAAGACACGACCACAGUGCCAAUCAGUAGUAGUAGUACUACAGAAGCGCCCAUGUCCAUCACCACCGAGUCGACGAAAGAGCAGGAGGACAUGAAUACGACGGCAAGCAAAACUGGUCCACCGAAAGGUUAUCGCGAUGGUGAGAAUAAUAUAACAGCGAGCACCAUGCCAGAGCAGCAAACCACGCCAGCGGUACAGGUGUCCGUCUCCACAGCCACGUCGUCUACAUCGAGCAGCAGCAGCAGCUCGCGACGCGGUGAGGACACUAAGGGUCCGUUCGAUACGCGUACAACAACACCGAAAAUGAAAACUACACGCAUCGAUACGUCAAAUGAAUUUGAUUAUAAUUUCACAACACUAUUGACGACAACACAACGUACCACCUUCCCGGUGACAAUGGUUACAGAGCCCAUGAAAGAAUUGGACCAAACCACCACAAUGGGUGUACGUGAUUUGGUGACAACCAUGUUUCCGGUGAUAACACCACCUGCAACGGAACAAACGACACAGCGACCAACUGUCGCGGGUACAACAACACCGUUUGUUUAUGAGACAAUCGAACCGAUUACAACAACGUCAACUACGACGCAAACGGAAGCUGGCAUAACAACAACAUCGCCGGAUACUAGCACCGAACCUGGCACCACUACUAAAUUCAUAACAACCGAAACUGCUACAACAAUAGCAGCAACAACAACCCCAAUAAGCACAUCUACUGAUAUCACAAUGUUUAACACUUGUACAGAUCAUACUAACUGUGGUUCUAGUCAAUUAUGCGUGCUGGGCAUGUGUCGCAACAAGUGUCGUGAUGGUGACACAAGCGAUACGGAGUGUGUAAAAGAAUCACCCGGCUCACCAAAGAAUCCGGAACCAUGUCAGUCGAACAAUGAUUGCAUUGAGAACGAAGCAUGUUACAUGGGUCUAUGUCAUAAUCCUUGCGAAUUUGCGAAUGUAUGUGCGCCCACCGCUAAGUGUGUGGCGAAAAUGCAUCGGCCGAUAUGUUCGUGCCCUAAAGGGCAUGAAGGUAAUCCGGCUAUUAAAUGCUCGCCCGUGGAUAGGACAACUGAGUGUACGCGCGAUGCCGAUUGUGACAUUACGGAGGCUUGCAUCAAUCGACGCUGUCAGCAUCCUUGCGACGCGCAUAAUCCUUGCGCGCAAAAUGCGGUCUGCAUGAACGCGAAUCACGCGGCGGACUGCAGCUGUGUGGUUGGCUAUCAAGGCAACGGUUUCAUUGGCUGUCAACCAGCGCUCGACCACACGCCUGUCUGUCAGUACAAUGAGGACUGUCCGCCAACGAAACUCUGCGAUCGUCUCAAUCGCCGUUGCAUCAAUCCCUGCUUCGAGGACUCGUGCGGUGAGAAUGCCGAGUGCAUACCUGUCAAUCAUGGCAUUGAAUGUCGCUGUCUGGCCGGCUUCGUAGGUAAUGCGUAUAUCGAAUGCACGCAGCUGCAGGGUUGUCGCGGGGAUCGCGAAUGUGACGCUAGUCAGGCGUGCAUUAAUGGUAAAUGCGCUUCGCCUUGUCGCUGUGGCGCCAAUGCGCUGUGUGACGUGGUCAAUCAUCGCGGUGUCUGCAAAUGUCCACCAGGUUAUGCCGGACGACCGGAAGUAGCUUGCAAUCCACCCACCAAUCCAUGUGAACCGAAUCCGUGUGGCGUCAACGCGCUAUGUGAGCUGGAUAAUGGCAAUCCUAUUUGUUACUGCCCGAAAGGACUUACCGGUAAUCCGUUCAAGAAUUGCAUACCGGAAGGUGACGAGUGUCGUCCGAAUCCUUGCGGUCCCAAUUCUGGUUGUCGCAUGGUGAACGACGCGCCAACUUGCUUCUGUUUACCCGAAUAUGAAGGUCAGCCGCCACUGGUACCGUGUGAGGUGCCAAAGAGUCCUUGUGAUCCAUCACCUUGUGGCCCGAAUACACAAUGCGCUGUGCUCAGCAACGGUUUCUCAAAAUGUACUUGCUUGCCAGGUUAUGUCGAAAGUCCUAACACAAUACGCGGUUGCAUCGAACCCGUAAAUCCAUGUGAUCCUAGUCCUUGCGGUCCGGGUGCAGUUUGUGAUUCCUCACGUACACCAGUGUGCUUCUGCCCAGACGGCAAGAUUGGCAAUCCAUUUAAGGCUUGUGAAAAACCACCAAUUUCCGACGAGUUAUGUACACCAGGUCCAUGUGGCCGUAAUGCUGACUGUUAUGUUACCGGCAAUCGCGAGGAAUGUUAUUGUCGCUCAGGUUAUAUUGGUGAUCCUUAUCAGGGUUGCCGCGAGCCACCUCGUAGCGCUUGUGAACCUAAUCCAUGUGGUCCAAAUGCUGAAUGUGUUGUUGCUGGCGAUGGUCAAAGUGCAUGCAUCUGUCCUGACGGUUUAUCUGGAGAUCCGACGUCAACUAAAGGCUGUCAUGGCUAUGAAUGUCAAGUCGAUGCCGAUUGUCCACACAAUCGAGCCUGUAUGGGCUUCAAGUGUUACGAUCCUUGUCCAGGUGCUUGCGGUCAAGGUGCCAAUUGCCGCGUGGAAGAACAUCAUCCAGUUUGCUCGUGCAAUGCUGGACUCACUGGUAAUCCGGGUAUACGCUGUUACGCGCUAGAUAUACCAAAGACCCCGAGCCGUAAUCCCUGUUUGCCUAGCCCUUGUGGUGUAAAUAGUGAAUGCAAGUUAUUAAAUCAUCGCGCCGUGUGCUCAUGCUUGCCUGGUUAUUUGGGUGAUCCACAGAGUGGUUGUCGCCCAGAGUGUGACAUCAAUUCAGACUGCGGCACAGCACAAGCUUGUAUCAACCACAAAUGUAUCGACCCAUGUGCUGGCACAGUGUGUGGCAUCAAUGCAAUUUGCAGAGUACAACAACACACACCGCUCUGUGCCUGCCUCGAUGGCUUCACUGGCGAUGCUUUCCGUCAAUGUAUACCCGUUGGAGUGCUAAAGAAUGUAACUCGAGAUCCAUGUGCGCCAUCACCUUGUGGACCACAUGAUGUCUGCUCCAUUUACGGUGAUGGUGUAGCAUUGUGCGAUCCAUGCUUUGGACCCAAUGCUCAACAAAAUCCACGCUGCCGACCUGAAUGUGUCUCGAACUCAGACUGUCCCUUCGAUCGCGCUUGCUUGGGUCAACGCUGCCUGGAUCCAUGUCCAGGUUCAUGCGGACACAACGCUGUAUGUAAUGUAUAUGAACACAAUCCCAUUUGUAGUUGCCCACCUGGCUUAUAUGGCAAUCCAUAUGAACACUGUUCACCACCAUCACCGUUCGUACCAGCGCCAUCGCCGAGCUGUGAAAAACUGCAAUGUGGCGCUAAUGCUGAAUGUAAGAAGCGCAGUGGUGCACUAACUUGUGUCUGUCGUACGGGCUACUUUGGCGAUCCUUUCAUUGGUUGUCGUCCAGAAUGUGUGCUUAACUCCGAUUGUCCUGCUGAUAAAUCCUGCGUCAACUCGAAAUGUGUAGAUUCAUGUGUAGGCGUAUGUGGCAUUAACGCUAUGUGUCGCAUUGUAAAUCACGCUCCUGUGUGUCUGUGUGUCGAAGGUUACACUGGUGACGCUGCUGUACAAUGCAAUCCUUACUACUUACCACCAGAAAGACCAGCAGACAGACCACGUAAUCCGUGUGAACCAUCACCAUGUGGUCCCAAUUCUCGUUGCUUGACCUCACCCGAUGGUUAUGCGGCCUGCUCAUGUCUGCCGAACUUCAAAGGUUCACCGCCAGUUUGUCAACCAGAGUGUGUUGUAAGCUCUGAGUGUCCGCUGAACAAAGCUUGUAUUAAUCAACGUUGCGCCGAUCCUUGUCCUGGUACAUGCGGUGUAGAAGCACGUUGCGAAGUCUUAAACCACAACCCAAUUUGCUCCUGCGAGCCUGGUUUUGAAGGCGAUCCAUUUGUGUCAUGUAGUCGCAUACCAGAGGAACGUACGGACACUGAACGCAAACCCGAAAACCCAUGUGUACCGUCGCCAUGUGGACCCAAUUCCAUCUGCCAAAUUAAACAAGGACGUCCAGUUUGUUCAUGUGUUGCAAAUUAUAUUGGCAGUCCACCAUAUUGUCGUCCAGAAUGUACGCUAAAUACUGAAUGUCCAGCCGACAAGGCGUGUAUACAGGAGAAAUGUCAAAACCCAUGUGCGAAUACAUGUGGACACAAUGCGCGUUGCACGGUGAUAGCACAUGCGGCACACUGCAGUUGUGAACAGGGUUAUGAAGGAGACGCCUUCGUCGGUUGUUCCAAAAUCGAUGAAAAACCAAAAGACCGCAUCGAUCCCUGCUAUCCAAGCCCCUGUGGUGAGAAUGCGUUGUGUAGUGAACGUAACGGCGAAGCUCGCUGCAGCUGUAUUGAACCAUAUAUUGGUGAUCCCUACACCACCGGUUGUCGUCCGGAAUGUGUUUAUAAUGCCGAGUGUCCAUCGUCUUUGGCCUGCAUCAAGCAGCAUUGUCGUGAUCCCUGCGUUGGCACCUGUGGCUCGAAUGCCGAGUGUGCUGUGGUCAAUCAUAUACCAACAUGUAGUUGUGCACGUGGCUACGAAGGUGAUCCGUUUACCGGCUGUAAACGUGAAGAUUACCCCAUCGGACCACUCAGCCCCUGCGAACCGACGCCUUGCGGUGCAAAUAGUAUUUGUCGCGUGGUUGAUGGUCGUCCAGCCUGUUCUUGCCAAGUAGGCUACUUCGGUGCACCACCCAACUGUCGUCCGGAAUGUGUUGUCAGUUCAGAGUGUUCACAAAAUUUGGCAUGUAUCAAUCAAAAGUGCGUAGAUCCUUGUAUCGGCACAUGUGGCUUCAAUGCCAAAUGCCAGGUGGUCAAUCACAAUCCAAUAUGCUCAUGUUCAGUCGACUAUAUGGGUGAUCCAUUCGAACAAUGUACACCGAAACCACGCGAACCUCCACCAAAGGUUAAUCCAUGUUUACCCAGCCCUUGCGGUCCGAAUGCCGAGUGCCGCGAAGUCGAUAAUCGUGCUGCUUGCAGUUGCUCGCCGGGUAUGUUUGGUGCACCGCCCAAUUGUCGUCCGGAAUGUGUUAUUCAUCAAGAUUGUCCAUCGAAUCGCGCUUGCAUACGUCAACGUUGUGAGGAUCCUUGUGCUGGCGCUUGCGGUUUUAAUGCUCUUUGCACAACACAAAAUCACAAACCUGUAUGUUCGUGUCUCGAGGGUUACGAAGGUGACCCGUAUGCUGGUUGCAAUACACCGCAAAUCGUAGUGCCUGACAUACCCGCCGAUCCAUGCAAUCCAUCGCCGUGCGGCUCAAAUGCCAUAUGCCGAAAUCGCAAUGGUGCUGGUUCAUGCACCUGCAUUCAAGAUUACUUCGGUGAUCCGUAUAUAAAUUGUAGACCCGAAUGCGUACAGAACAGCGAUUGUGUAUCCACGAAAUCUUGUGUAAAUAUGAAAUGCGUCGAUCCAUGUAUAGGUCUAUGUGGUUUCAAUGCGGAAUGUCGCGUUUCGCAUCACAUACCGGUUUGCACCUGCAUAACCGGUUUUACGGGCAACCCGAUGCGUAGCUGUCAGGAGAAACCCUCAAAUAUGUAUUUGCCUAUACCACGUGAUCCUUGCCGUCCCUCACCAUGUGGUGUGUACAGUACUUGCCGCGUGGCAAGUAAUCGCGCAGUUUGCUCUUGUCUACCUAAUUAUAUGGGUCAUCCACCGAAUUGUAAACCGGAGUGCAUGCUCAGUUCUGAUUGCGCUUCGAACCGUGCUUGCAUUAAUAUGCGUUGUCAAGAUCCAUGUCCCGGCACAUGUGGUCAGAAUGCACGUUGCCGCGUUACCAACCACUCGCCGAUUUGUAGCUGUAUUGAUGGUUAUACUGGUGAUCCAUUCCAGCAAUGUCUACCUGAAAGAAAACCAUUAGAUACGCCACGUUUACCACCACAAAAUCCUUGCGUCCCCAGCCCUUGCGGCCCGAAUUCACAAUGUCGCGCCUCCAGCUCCGGCGCUGUUUGCACGUGUGUGGCCAAUUACAUUGGUCGUCCGCCGAACUGUCGUCCGGAAUGUACAAUCAAUUCGGAGUGUCCUGCUCAUUUGGCUUGUAUGAAUACACGUUGUGCCGAUCCCUGUGUGGGUUCGUGUGGCAACAAUGCACGCUGUCAAGUCAGUGCGCAUGCGCCGAUUUGUAUGUGUGAACCGGAUUAUACCGGCGAUCCGUUCUCUGGCUGCUACAAAGUCAUACCAAUACCCGAUGAACCAGUUCAACCGUGUCGACCCAGCCCAUGUGGCUUGAAUGCCAUUUGUGAGGAGCGCCAGCGCGCGGCUUCAUGCAAAUGCAUACCCGAAUAUUUUGGCGAUCCAUAUGUUGAAUGUCGACCGGAGUGUGUCAUUAAUUCGGAUUGUCCGAAGACACGCGCCUGCAUCAACAAUAAAUGUAUCGAUCCCUGUCCGGGUGUGUGUGGGCGUAAUGCCGAAUGCGUUGUCCUUAAUCAUGCACCGAACUGCGAAUGCUUUAACGGCUACACUGGAAAUCCCAUCAGCGGUUGCUCACCCAUACCAGAGCCACCACCGCAAUAUGAACCUCCGGUACAUGUCAACCCUUGUCAGCCAUCGCCUUGUGGGCUGUAUAGCAAUUGUCGACCUGUCAAUGGCCACGCAGUGUGCUCAUGUUUACCGAACUAUUUGGGUGCACCACCCAACUGUCGUCCGGAAUGUAUGAGCAGCUCUGAUUGCGCACAAGACAAGUCGUGUAUCAAUGAACGUUGUAAAGAUCCUUGCCCCGGUACUUGUGGAAAUAAUGCACUUUGUCGCGUCGUCAAUCACAAUCCGAUUUGCUCGUGUACACCUGGUUACACCGGUGAUCCUUUCGUACGCUGCAUCUACGAAGAGAAACGUCCUAUUAUAAGAGAUCCCAUAAAUCCAUGCGUACCAUCGCCGUGCGGUCCGAAUUCCCAGUGUCAAGUGUCGAAUGCAAACGGUCAAGCUGUGUGCUCGUGUCUGCCCAAUUACAUUGGCAGAGCGCCGAAUUGCCGACCCGAAUGCACGUCGAAUUCGGAGUGUCGCGGUAAUAUGGCUUGUAUCAAUCAACGCUGUCAAGAUCCUUGCCAGGGUUCAUGUGGCUCAUAUACGACAUGUAUUGUAAAUAAUCAUAGACCAAUUUGCCGCUGCUUGGAUGGUUAUACGGGUGAUCCUUUCUCAGGAUGUAGUCCUCAAAUUAAUAUACCGCCAGAAAUUCCAAUGCCUUGCAAUCCCAGCCCUUGCGGUGCUAAUGCUGUGUGCAAGGAACGAAACGGCGUUGGCGCUUGUACCUGCUUGCCUGAGUACUCUGGAGAUCCAUACACGGAAUGCCGCCCUGAAUGUGUAUUGAACACCGACUGCCCGAAGAAUCUCGCUUGUAUGAACAACAGAUGUCGCGAUCCAUGUCCAGGAGUAUGCGGCGUUGGUGCCGAAUGUCACGUAAUUAAUCACGCGCCCAGCUGCAGUUGUCCAUCGGGUUAUACGGGUAACCCUUCGGAAUAUUGCCGCGAACAAUCAAAACACAUCGAACCCGUGCAGCCUUGUCGUCCUUCGCCAUGUGGCCCUUACAGCCAAUGUCGUGAAGUGAACGGUCAUGCAGUCUGCUCGUGCAUUACCAAUUACAUUGGUGCACCGCCGUCUUGUCGCCCCGAAUGCUCGGUUAGUUCCGAGUGUGCGCAGGACAAGGCUUGUGUGAAUUUGCGCUGUGUAGACCCAUGUCCGGGCACUUGCGGCAAUGAAGCACGCUGUAAAGUCACAAACCACAAUCCGAUUUGUACAUGUCCACCUGGCUACUCAGGAGAUCCUUUCAUACGUUGCUUGAUCAAAGAACAAGAGGAACCACGUUUGCCUACGAUACCAACCAACCCUUGUGUUCCAAGUCCAUGUGGACCGAACUCACAAUGUCGCGCUGUUGGCGAAACGCCAGUCUGUUCAUGCUUACCGAACUUUGUAGGACGUGCACCAAAUUGCCGUCCCGAAUGUACGCUCAACUCGGAAUGUCCAGCCAAUUUGGCUUGCAUAAAUGAGCGUUGUAAAGAUCCAUGUCUUGGUUCUUGUGGUUUCAACGCCUUCUGUAAUGUCGUAAAUCAUUCACCAGUCUGCAGUUGUGAGACUGGCUUUACCGGCGAUCCUUUCGCUGGCUGCAAUCCAACGCCCACCGCUAUACCCGAGGAACGUCUUACACCCUGUAUUCCCUCGCCUUGCGGCCCUAAUGCCGAAUGUAGAGAGCGCAACGGCGCUGGUUCAUGCGUUUGCCUGCCUGAGUACUUUGGAGAUCCGUAUAGUGGUUGCCGUCCUGAAUGUAUUGCCAACUCCGAUUGCCCGCGCGACAAAUCGUGUGUAAACAACAAAUGCACAGAUCCCUGUCCAGGUGUUUGUGGUUUGAAUGCAGAAUGUCGAGUGAAUAAUCAUGCCCCAACAUGUCAUUGCCUGCAGGGUUACACGGGUAACCCACUAAGCGCGUGCCGUGAAAUACCACAACUACCGCCAGCACCAACCCCGAAAGACACUAAUCCUUGCGUACCGUCACCAUGUGGUCCCUACAGUCAAUGCCGCGAGGUGAAUGGCCAUGCUGUUUGCUCCUGCCAGACAAAUUUCAUUGGUUCACCGCCGAAUUGCAAACCUGAAUGUAUUGUUUCCUCAGACUGCGCACAAAAUCUUGCAUGCCAAAAUCAGAAAUGUGUUGAUCCUUGCCCUGGUACUUGUGGCAGUGAUGCACGCUGUCAAGUCAUUAAUCAUUAUGCGGCGUGUUCUUGCCCACCCGGUUAUACCGGCGAUCCCUUCAGUAGAUGUAUUAAAAUUAAACUGGACGUGCCAGUACCUAAGCCUGGUAAUCCAUGUGUUCCUUCACCAUGUGGACCCAACUCGAAAUGUGUCGAAGUUGGCGAUUCACCUGCAUGCUCCUGUUUGCCUAACUACUUGGGGCGACCACCUAAUUGCCGUCCCGAGUGUCUAAGUAGUUCAGACUGUCCAGCUGAUUUAGCUUGUACCAAUCAGAAAUGUACGAAUCCUUGCAUCGGCGCUUGCGGUGUACAUACACAAUGUACAGUUAUUAAACACAAUCCGACGUGCCAAUGUGAAAUCGGCUAUACUGGAGAUCCUUUCUCUGGUUGUGCCAUUGUAAAAAUGACCCCAACGGAGGCACCACGCAAUCCAUGUAAUCCCAGUCCCUGCGGCGCAAACGCGGUUUGUCGUGAGCGUAAUGGUGCUGGUUCUUGCUCGUGCUUGUCUGAAUACUUUGGUGAUCCGUAUAGCGGCUGCCGUCCAGAAUGUGUACAAAAUUCGGACUGCGAUCGUUCACGUGCUUGCAUCAAUAAUAAAUGCCAAGAUCCAUGUCCCGGUGUAUGUGGCAUUAAUGCCGAAUGUCGUGUCUUGAAUCAUGCGCCGAACUGUAUGUGCUUUGAUGGUUACACCGGUGAUCCACAUCGUUCGUGCGCAGUAAUCGAAGUAACAACGCUGACACCGCUAAAUCCAUGUCAACCGUCGCCUUGUGGUCCCUAUAGUGAAUGCCGUGAAUCUAAUGGGCAUGCUGUGUGCUCUUGCGUCGAUGGUUUUACAGGCGCACCACCAUCUUGUAAGCCGGAAUGUGUUGUUAGUUCGGAGUGUCCGCAAAAUAGGGCUUGUUUGAAUCAGAAGUGUGGGGACCCAUGUCGUGGUGCAUGCGGCAACAAUGCACGCUGUCAAGUGGUUAACCAUAAUCCUAUUUGUACGUGUGCGCCUGGUUUAACUGGCGAUCCGUUCACAUCAUGCAUUGAAGAGAAAGAAAUAGUACGUGAUCCACAAAAUCCAUGCGUACCCUCACCAUGUGGCCCCAACUCUUUGUGUCGUGAAAUUGGCGGACAAGCGGCCUGCUCAUGUCAAACUAACUAUGUGGGUCGUCCGCCAAACUGCCGUCCGGAAUGCACGAACAAUGAUGAAUGUCCAAAUAAUCUGUCAUGCCAAAAUGAACGUUGCGUCGAUCCUUGUCCCGGCUCUUGCGGCAACAAUGCUUUCUGCAAAGUGGUACAACAUAAUGCCAUCUGCUCAUGUACCGAUGGUUAUGAAGGCGAUCCGAUAUUGGGUUGUGAUCUCAUUCAACCAGUUCUACCAAAACAACCUCCCACAUCGCCUUGCGAGCCUUCACCUUGCGGACCGCAUGCCGAGUGCAGAGAGCGGAAUGGCGCUGGUGCUUGUUACUGUCAUGAGGGUUUCGAGGGUAAUCCUUACGAUGUAGACCGCGGUUGUCGACGUGAAUGUGAAGUGAAUGAUGAUUGUUCAACAGCCCAGGCAUGUGUGCGCUUCAAAUGUGUUGACCCAUGCGACAACAUCUGUGGUGAAUUUGCCAUUUGCUCAGUAGAAAAUCAUGUGCCGACAUGCAACUGCCCACCUGGUUACAGUGGAGAUCCAUUCUUCCAAUGCAAACAGAUACCAGUUACACCGCCACCACCAAUCAAUCCAUGCGUGCCAUCACCUUGUGGACCAAAUAGCAUCUGCCGUAGUAUAAACGAUCAAGCUGUCUGCUCAUGUAAAUCUGGUUUCAUCAAUCAACCACCCAAUUGCCGCCCUGAAUGUGUGGUCAGUUCGGAGUGUGCGCCAGAACGCGCAUGUGUUAACAAUAAAUGUGUUGAUCCAUGCUUACAUACUUGCGGCAUACGGGCUAUUUGCACAACGAAGAAUCAUAGCCCUAUCUGUACUUGCCCACGUGGCAUGACCGGUGAUCCAUUUGUACAAUGUUCGAAAAUACCAAUUAUUCACGAUAUUGAACCAACAGAACGUCCACCAUCCUGUGUACCAUCGCCUUGCGGUCCAAAUUCAAAAUGUCAAAUUGUCGGUGGUAGUCCAGCUUGCUCUUGUCUACAAGAUUUCAUCGGCGCACCACCGAACUGCCGUCCCGAGUGUGUACUCAACUCUGAAUGCGGUCCAACUGAAGCUUGCAUCAAUCAGAAGUGCAGAGAUCCAUGUCCAGGCUCUUGUGGCUUUGAAGCCAAAUGUCAUGUGCUCAAUCAUGUACCAAUUUGCAAUUGCAUUGACGGUUACACCGGCGAUCCAUUUAUACGUUGCAGUCCCGUACCACCAGUAACGGAAACACCAAAAACACCAAACGAUCCUUGCGAUCCAAAUCCGUGCGGAUCAAAUGCAGAUUGCUUCAAUGGCGAAUGCCGCUGUCAAGACAAUUAUCAAGGCAAUCCCUAUGAUGGCUGCCGUCCGGAAUGUACACUUUCAGCUGAUUGUGCGCGCGAUAAGGCUUGUAUGCGUAACAAAUGUGUGGAUCCAUGUCCUGGUACAUGUGGCCUUAAUGCCGUUUGUGAAGUACUCAACCAUAUACCAAUUUGUUCAUGUGUUUCUGACUACGAGGGUGAUCCAUUUAGUAGCUGCAAACCUAAAGUUGUAAUUGAACGGCCAGAACAAGUUUGUUCACCAUCACCAUGCGGCGCCAACAGUCAGUGUCGCGAUAUCAACGGUCAUGCUGUGUGCUCUUGUUUAGAUGGAUACAUCGGCAGCCCACCACAAUGUCGCCCUGAAUGUGUAGUGUCUAGUGAGUGUUCAGCACUGCAAGCGUGUGUUAACAGAAAGUGUACCGAUCCAUGUGCGGGCUCGUGUGGCAUUGAAGCACGUUGUGAAGUCAUCAAUCAUAGCCCAAUUUGUGGUUGCCCGCCCGGUAAAACUGGCGAUCCAUUCAAACGCUGUCUAGAUUUACCACCGCCUGAACCACCGAGGGAACGGGAUCCAGGUACACCACGUGAUCCUUGCAUACCAUCGCCAUGCGGUCCCAAUUCCAUUUGCAAGGCUAGCGCUAGCGGCCCUUCAUGCCAGUGUUUGCCAGAGUUCUUUGGCUCACCACCAAACUGCCGCCCUGAGUGCAUAAUCAACCCAGAUUGUCCAUCCAGUCAAGCAUGUAUCAACAACAAAUGCCGUGAUCCAUGUCCAGGUUCUUGCGGUACCAAUGCUGAAUGUCGCGUUAUUAGUCAUACUGUUUCCUGCUCCUGUCCUACCGGCUUUGCGGGUAAUGCUUUCGUACAAUGUAUUCCAGCUAUUGAAGAGCCAGUAAAACCAUGCGAACCCUCGCCAUGCGGUCCAAAUGCCGAAUGUAUUGAGCGAAACGGUGCCGCCUCAUGCAAAUGUAUUGACGAUUAUCAAGGCAAUCCUUAUGACGGUUGUCGACCAGAAUGUGUACUCAGCUCCGAUUGCCCAACAGAUAAGGCUUGCAUACGCAACAAAUGUAAGGAUCCUUGUCCUGGCAUAUGCGGCUCCAAUGCACAAUGCUAUGCCGUUAAUCAUGUGCCAAACUGUGUUUGUAAUGAUGGUUACACUGGCGAUGCAUUCUCGAACUGUCAACGCCAAGUUACGCCAAUUUCGCCACCACCACAAGGCAAUCCAUGUCAACCAUCACCUUGUGGACCGAACAGCAAAUGUCGCGUAUCAAAUAGCCUCGCUGUCUGCUCUUGUUUGGAUACAUUUAUUGGUGCACCACCAAAUUGUAAACCAGAAUGCACAGUCAACACAGAAUGUCCACAAAACAAGGCAUGCCAUAACUUUAGAUGCGCCAAUCCUUGUGCUGGCACAUGCGGCGUGGAUGCAAAAUGUGAAGUCAUCAAUCACAAUCCGAUUUGCAGUUGUCCACUAGAUAUGACUGGCGAUCCAUUCUCGCGUUGCUAUCAAGCACCACUACCCGCACCGAAAGACGAGCCUAAGACACCAAAGAAUCCAUGCUUCCCAUCACCGUGUGGUUUGUACGCCGAGUGUCGUGCCAUUGGCGAUCAGCCAUCUUGUUCAUGCCUGUCAAAUUACAUAGGUGUGCCACCAAAUUGCCGACCCGAAUGUGUCGUUAACACAGACUGCCCAUCGGACAGGUCUUGCAUAGCAGAGAAAUGCCGUAAUCCAUGCGAAGGCACGUGUGGCAUCAAUUCCGAAUGCCGCCUACAGAAUCAUUUAGCCAUCUGCACUUGCCGCACUGGCUACACCGGCGAUCCAUUCUCACAAUGCGUAGAAAUCAUCGAAGUCAAGACGCCGCCCACCGUUUCAACAGAUCCGUGUGAUUUGCAACCAUGUGGCGCCAACGCUGAAUGUGACAAUGGUAUCUGCACUUGCAUACGAGACUAUCAAGGUGACCCGUACGUAGGAUGUCGUCCCGAAUGCACGCUCAGCACGGACUGUUCACCUAAUCGUGCUUGUCUCAAUAAGAAAUGUGUAGAUCCUUGUCCGGGCACUUGUGGCCAGAAUGCUCAAUGUGACGUUAGCAAUCAUAUACCAAUAUGCAGCUGUGCAAAGGGCUACACCGGCGAUCCGUUCAUCAACUGUCAUCCAGAGAUACGUGAACCAACACCUAAAGAUCCAUGUCAACCAAAUCCUUGCGGUCCGAAUAGUAUUUGUCAAACAACCGCACAAGGUGCUGUCUGCGCCUGUCAGCCAGGCAUGUUGGGCUCACCACCCACCUGUAAGCCAGAAUGUAUAGUCAGCUCGGAGUGUUCACUACAAACCGCAUGCAUACAAAAGAAAUGUGUCGAUCCAUGUCCAGGUGCAUGCGGCCAAUUCGCCAGAUGCCAAGUAAUCAAUCACAAUCCGAUUUGCACAUGUAAUGCUGGCUACACAGGCGAUCCGUUUACACGUUGUUACGAAGAAGAACGUGUCGUUGCGCCACCUACCAAUCCAUGCGUACCAUCACCGUGUGGCCCGAACUCGGAAUGUAAAAUUGUCGGCGAUAGUCCCGCCUGCUCAUGUGCGGUCAGCUUUUUGGGAAAACCACCAAAUUGUCGCCCAGAAUGUACCAUCAAUCCGGAAUGUUCGCCUUCGAAGGCAUGUAUACGACAGAAAUGUGAAGACCCAUGUGUGGGUUCGUGCGGCUUCAACGCGCGUUGCAAUGUGGCCAAUCAUAUGCCGAUUUGCACAUGUGAAGUGGGAUAUACGGGUGAUCCGUUCACCGGCUGUCAGCCUGUACAAGAGCGUAUCGUACACGAACAGGUUACACCGUGCGAGCCGAAUCCGUGCGGUUCGAAUGCAAUUUGUCGCGAUCGUAACGGCAUUGGCUCGUGCCAAUGUUUACCCGACUACUUUGGCGAUCCGUAUCAAUCGUGUCGUCCUGAAUGUGUACGCAAUUCGGAUUGUCCAUCGCAGCAAGCGUGCACGCAGCAAAAAUGUCGCGAUCCAUGCCCGGGCACAUGUGGCACCAACGCUGAAUGCAGUGUCACGAAUCAUGUGCCGACAUGUAUGUGUCGCAUCGGUUAUACGGGCGAUCCGUAUCGUUAUUGUCAUGUGGAGCCGCCAGCACCGAUACGUCAAGAGCCACCUACAAAUCCUUGUCAACCCUCACCUUGCGGUCCGAACUCACAGUGUCGCGAACUUAAUGGUCAGGCGGUGUGCUCAUGUCUGGACCGUUAUAUCGGCAUACCACCAAAUUGUCGUCCGGAAUGUGUGCUUAGUACUGAAUGUGCCUAUGACAAGGCAUGCAUUAAUCAACGUUGUCAGGAUCCUUGUCCCGGCACUUGUGGCACGAAUGCAGAAUGCCGCGUGCGCAAUCAUAGUCCGUUGUGUCAGUGCCGCAACGGUUUUACCGGUGAUGCUUUCACGCGUUGUUAUCCCAUACCACCUGCCCCACCAGCUAUUUCACACGUCGAGCGUGAUCCUUGUGUACCCUCGCCCUGCGGUCCGUAUAGUGAGUGUCGCAACAUCAACGGUGUACCAUCCUGUUCCUGUCUACAGACUUAUAUUGGCGCGCCACCAAACUGUCAUCCGGAGUGUACCAUCAGCGCUGAGUGUCCUUCGAAUAGAGCUUGCAUACGUGAAAAAUGUAUCGAUCCUUGUCCCGGCUCUUGCGGCUUUUCCGCAGAAUGUAGUGUCGUCAAUCACACACCGAUUUGCACAUGUCCCAAAGGUUAUACGGGCGAUCCAUUCAGCAACUGCCGUCCCUUACCACCAGAACCUAUUAUCAAUGAACCUGUCGAUCCAUGUCAUCCGUCGCCGUGUGGCGCAAAUGCUCAAUGCAACAAUGGCAUUUGUACUUGUCUGCCAGAAUAUCAUGGUGAUCCGUACACCGGCUGUCGUCCGGAAUGUGUCUUGAAUACAGAUUGUCCACGUGAUAAGGCAUGCUUGCGCAGCAAAUGCGCUAAUCCGUGUCCAGGUACUUGUGGCGAAAACGCCAUUUGUGAUGUUAUAAACCACAUACCUAUGUGCAGAUGCCCCGAUGGUACUGUCGGUAGUGCAUUCAUUCGUUGUAGUCCGGCGCCAAAAAUCGUAAAUACAAACCCUUGCCAUCCAUCGCCAUGUGGACCAAACUCACAAUGUCGUGAGGUCAAUCAACAAGCCGUUUGUACUUGUCUGCCAAAUUUCAUAGGUAGUCCACCAACUUGUCGUCCCGAGUGUGUAUCGAAUUCCGAUUGUGAACCUACCCAGGCUUGCCUUAAUCAAAAAUGUGGUGAUCCAUGCCCUGGUACUUGCGGUAUCGGUGCCAAAUGUACUGUUGUCAAUCACAGCCCAUUCUGCACGUGUCCACUUCGUUUCAGCGGUAAUCCGUUCAUACGCUGUCAACCAAUAAUUGAACCUCCACGCGACGUUGUGCCAACAGAUCCUUGUCGUCCAUCACCAUGCGGACCAUAUGCGCAGUGUCGCCCUAUUGGCGAAGCGCCAUCGUGCUCAUGUCUUGAAUCCUAUAUAGGUCGUCCACCCAAUUGUCGUCCAGAAUGUGUCACGAGCUCUGAUUGUGCCAGCAGCUUGGCUUGUAUAAAUCAGAAAUGUGUUGAUCCAUGUCCGGGACGUUGUGGCGUCAAUGCGGAAUGCCGUGUGGUUAGCCAUGCAGUACAAUGUACUUGUGUGGUGGGCUAUACUGGCGAUCCGUUUGUACAAUGCAAUCUACCACCCGAACGAGACGUGGUCGAGGUACGCACACCCUGCAGUCCGAGUCCAUGCGGCCCGAAUGCAAUUUGUCGUGAACGUAAUGGCGCUGGUUCAUGCGCUUGUUUGCCUGAAUAUUUCGGUAACCCCUACGAGGGUUGUCGACCCGAAUGCGUAAUGAAUUCCGACUGCCCAUCGAAUAAGGCAUGCCAACAGCAGAAGUGCCAGGAUCCUUGUCCGGGCACUUGUGGUCAGAAUGCCGAUUGCCAAGUUGUCAAUCAUUUGCCUUCUUGUACAUGCAUUACGGGCUACACGGGUGACCCAUAUCGCAUUUGCACUCGACCAAUUGAACCUUUGCGUACGGAAUAUGUAAAUCCAUGUCAACCAUCACCAUGCGGACCAAACUCUCAAUGUCGCGAAUCAAAUGAUGUGGCUGUGUGCUCUUGUCUACCAGAAUUUAUUGGUACACCACCCGCUUGUCGUCCCGAGUGCACAAUUUCGUCAGAGUGCGCCACAGAUAGGGCUUGCAACAAUCAGAAGUGCGUAGAUCCAUGCGCUGCUGACCCCUGUGGCAGCAAUGCUCAAUGUCGCGUUAGGAACCAUAGUCCAAUUUGUACUUGCAAUAAUGGAUUUACCGGCGAUGCAUUCACCAGAUGUUAUCCUAUACCACCGCCACCAAUCGAAAUUGAGCGCGAAGAGAUUCGUGACCCUUGUCUUCCAUCGCCCUGUGGUCCUAAUGCAGAAUGUCGCAAUGUAAACGGGGUACCAUCAUGUUCUUGUUUAGCUACCUUUAUUGGUCAGCCACCCAACUGUCGUCCAGAAUGCACCAUCAACUCAGAAUGUCCAAGUCAACAGGCUUGCAUCAAUCAGAAAUGUCGCGAUCCCUGCCCAGGUGCUUGUGGUCUAAAUACAGUUUGUCGUGUAAUCAAUCAUACGCCGACAUGUCUGUGCAUAGACGGCUAUGUUGGAAAUCCAUUUAUCAACUGCAACCCCAAACCACCAGAACCAACUCAACCACCAGUACGUGACGACCCAUGUUUCCCAUCACCAUGUGGACCCAAUGCUCAAUGUAACAAUGGACAAUGCACUUGUAUUCCUGAAUAUCAAGGUGAUCCUUACAUAGGCUGUCGUCCGGAGUGUGUACUUAAUUCAGAUUGUGCUCGUGAUCGCGCUUGCGUGCGCAAUAAAUGCAUCGACCCUUGUCCCGGAACUUGCGGAACCAACGCUAUUUGUAUUGUCAAUAACCACGUGCCCAUGUGUCACUGUCCGGACAACAUGUUGGGCAACGCCUUCUUUGAGUGCCGCGUAAUUGAAAAACCAAUUCCGACAAAUCCUUGUCAACCAUCACCGUGUGGCCCUAACAGUCAAUGCCGCGAACUACAAAAUGUAGGCGUGUGCUCCUGCUUAACAGACUUCAUUGGUAGUCCACCACAGUGUAGACCGGAAUGUACAACGAACUCUGAUUGUCCGCCGGAUCAGGCAUGUCAGAACUCUAAGUGUCGCGAUCCUUGUCCUGGAACCUGUGGCUUUAAUGCAGUUUGCAACGUUGUAAACCAUAAUCCAUUCUGUACUUGUCGCGCUCAAAUGACAGGAAAUCCAUUUGUGCGUUGCCAGGAAAUAAUUGCUCCAAUACGUGAUGCUACACCCGCCAAUCCUUGUGUGCCCUCGCCUUGUGGACCUAAUUCGGAAUGUCGCGUUUCAGGUGACUCCCCGUCAUGUUCAUGUUUGCCAGAUUUUAUGGGAUCACCACCAAAUUGUCGCCCUGAAUGUGUUUCAAAUUCAGAAUGCCCAUCCACACAAGCAUGUAUAAAUCAAAAAUGCAAAGAUCCCUGUGUUGGACUGUGUGGCUCAAAUGCCAAUUGUCGUGUCUUCAGUCACACACCCAUGUGUCUCUGUCAAGAAGGCUUUACUGGAGAUCCAUUUUCACAAUGUAAACCAGUACGAGCAGAACCGAUCGAAGUAUUGAGACCAUGCAGUCCCAGUCCAUGCGGUAUCAAUGCUAAAUGUGAAGAACGCGACAACGCAGGUUCUUGCCAAUGCUUACCAGAGUACUUCGGUAAUCCAUAUGAAGGUUGUCGUCCCGAAUGUAUCCUGAACUCAGAUUGUCCGUCGAAUAAAGCUUGUCAAAAUCAGAAAUGCGUAGAUCCUUGCCCCGGCACUUGUGGUACAAAUGCAGUAUGUCAAGUAAUAAAUCAUUUACCUUCCUGUGAAUGCUAUCCCGGCUACAAUGGAGAUCCUUAUCGCCUAUGCCAAGUAGUACAAGAACAACCUCCCAAAGUGUACGUUAAUCCCUGUCAACCAUCGCCUUGUGGUCCAAACUCAAAAUGCCGCGAAGUAAACGGUCAAGGAGUAUGUUCUUGUUUGCCAGAGUAUGUCGGUAGUCCACCAGCUUGUCGACCUGAAUGUACAUCCAGCUCUGAAUGUGCUACUGAAAAAGCAUGUAUCAAUCGGAAAUGUGUAGAUCCCUGUCCCGGCGUCUGUGGACAGAAUGCAGAGUGUCGCGUAAGAAACCACAGCCCCAUUUGCUCUUGUAACAAUGGAUUCACCGGCGACGCUUUCGUGCGUUGCUUCCGAAUUAUAAUACCGGUAUCAACACCGCCGCCACAACGUCAACCACAAGAUCCUUGCGUGCCAUCACCAUGUGGACCAAACUCUCAGUGCCGAGAUAUAAACGGCUCACCAUCGUGCUCUUGCCUACCAAAUUUCCUUGGUGCUCCACCCACUUGCCGCCCGGAAUGUAGUCUGAACUCAGAGUGUCCAAGCCAUCAAGCCUGUAUAAAUCAGAAAUGUCGAGACCCAUGUCCAGGUUCUUGUGGCAUUAGCGCAUUGUGCAAUGUGAUUAGUCACACACCAAUAUGUACAUGCCAAAUAGGUUACACUGGUAAUCCCUUCACUGUCUGCAAUCCAUUACCACCACCAAGAAGUAAGUCAUUAAUUAGAUUAAAAGGUGCCGUUAAUAAAGCCUGUAUUUUUUAUGCAGCUGAAGUUGUAUCUCAAGACGAUCCAUGCAUCCCCUCACCAUGCGGCCCUAACGCAAAAUGUAGCAAUGGUCAGUGCACAUGUAUACCCGAAUAUCAUGGAGAUCCUUACAUAGGUUGCAGGCCAGAAUGUGUAUUACAUACCGAUUGCGCUAGAGAUCGCUCUUGUGUACGACACAAAUGUGUUGAUCCUUGUCCAGGAACGUGCGCUUCUAAUGCCAUCUGCGAAGUCAUGAAUCAUAUACCAAUUUGUCGCUGUCCUGACGGUAUGGAAGGCAACGCUUUCGUACAAUGCUCGCCCAUACCAAAAUUGGAUGUGCCACAAAAUCCUUGCCAGCCAACACCUUGCGGUCCAAAUAGUCAGUGCCGUGAGGUAAAUCAGCAAGCUGUCUGCUCUUGCAUCGCAUCCUUUGUCGGUAGUCCACCGUUUUGUAGGCCGGAAUGCACAAUCAAUUCCGAGUGUCCGCUUAAUCAAGCUUGUCUCAAUCAAAAAUGUUCCGAUCCGUGUCCCGGCGUUUGCGGCAACAAUGCCCUUUGUCAUGUUGCCAAUCAUAUACCGUUCUGCCGUUGCCCAGACAGAUAUUCCGGCAAUCCGUUUGUUAGUUGUCAACCGAUUUUAGACACACCCGAACCACGUCCACCGAGUCAACCCUGUUCUCCAUCGCCGUGUGGUCCAUACUCGGAAUGCCGUGCUGUUGGCGACACGCCUUCGUGUACUUGCUUACCUGACUAUAUUGGUGCGCCUCCAAAUUGUCGACCAGAAUGCGUAACCAGCUCAGAAUGCAACACCAAUUUAGCGUGUAUUAAUCAAAAAUGCAAAGAUCCUUGCCCAGGUUUAUGUGGCAACAGCGCUUUGUGUCGCGUUCUUUCACACACUCCAAGCUGUUAUUGUCCAGCCGGUUUUGAAGGAGAUCCAUUCAUACAAUGUGUGGAAAGCAAGAUACCACAAUUGGAUCACAUCGAUCCUUGCAAUCCAAGUCCAUGCGGUCCAAACGCACGUUGCAUACAACGUAAUGACGCUGGUUCAUGCCAAUGCCUUCCGGAAUACUUUGGAAAUCCUUACGAAGGCUGCAGACCCGAAUGUAUAUUGAAUUCCGAUUGUGCUUCCAAUAUGGCCUGUCAAAAUAUGAAAUGUCGCGAUCCUUGUCCGGGCACGUGUGGACAGAAUGCCAUUUGUUCAGUACUAAAUCAUGUGCCAACCUGUAAUUGUGUACCUGGCUUUAGCGGCGAUCCAUAUCGUUCUUGUCAAGUGGAGAAACAACCUAUCAAGGAAUAUGUCAAUCCGUGCCAACCAUCACCUUGUGGGCCCAACUCGCAGUGUCGAGAAAUUAACGAACAAGCUGUGUGCUCUUGUUUACCCGAAUACAUUGGCAGUCCACCGCUUUGCCGCCCCGAGUGCACCAUCUCGACUGAGUGUGCGUUCGACAAAGCCUGUAUUAAUCAGAAAUGCGCAGAUCCUUGCCCGGGCACAUGCGGGCAGAAUGCCAAUUGUCGCGUACAUAAUCAUAGCCCAAUCUGUUCUUGUCGUGCAGGUUUUACAGGAGAUGCCUUUUCACGUUGUUUUGCUAUACCACCUACACCGCCUGCACCCGUACAACGCCAACCCGUCGAUCCUUGUGUUCCCUCACCAUGUGGUCCGAAUUCACAGUGCCGUCGCACUGGAGAAUCACCUUCAUGUUCUUGUUUACCUACUUAUAUUGGCGCUCCACCUAAUUGUCGUCCAGAGUGCACCAUUAAUGCUGAAUGUCCAAGCAGUCAGGCGUGUAUCAAUGAAAAAUGUCUCGAUCCUUGUCCCGGCUCAUGUGGUUUGGGCGCUAUUUGCAAUGUUAUCAAUCAUACUCCUAGCUGUGUUUGCCCUACCGGAUAUACUGGAGAUCCUUUCACUUACUGUCUACCUGAGCCACCACCAAAACCUGUUGUCAAAGACGAUCCGUGCAAUCCUUCACCCUGCGGCUCGAAUGCUCAAUGCAACGAUGGUAUGUGCACAUGUAUACCAGAAUACCAGGGCGAUCCGUAUACCGGUUGUCGACCUGAAUGUGUACUGAAUACUGACUGUCCACGCGAUCGCGCUUGCAUACGAAAUAAAUGUGUUGAUCCUUGUCCCGGCACUUGUGCAUCAAAUGCUCUGUGUAGCGUCAUCAAUCAUAUACCUAUCUGCUCAUGUCCGAACGGAAUGUCUGGCAACGCUUUUAUACAGUGCUCGCCGUUACCCCCGCCAGUCAAAGUUAACCCUUGUCAGCCCUCACCUUGUGGUCCUAACUCACAGUGUCGCGAAGUAAAUGAGCAAGCUGUUUGCUCUUGCAUACCAGGCUUCAUUGGCGCACCACCAACUUGUCGACCGGAGUGUACUGCUAAUCAGGAAUGUCCAGCCAAUUUGGCGUGCAUAAAUCAGAAAUGUGUCGAUCCUUGUCCUGGUACUUGCGGACGGAAUGCUCAAUGCAGUACCGUAAAUCACAAUCCUUUCUGCACGUGCAUACCACAUUACACUGGAAAUCCAUUUGUCGCUUGCCAACGUAUCAUAGAACAACCUCAAUUGGAUGUCACACCAACUGAUCCUUGCCGUCCAUCGCCAUGCGGUCCCAACUCAGAAUGUCGUGCUAUCAGCAACACACCAUCAUGCACGUGUCUUGCAAAUUUCAUUGGAUCCCCACCGUACUGCAAGCCGGAAUGCGUUUCAAAUUCGGAAUGCCCAUCCACACAGGCAUGCAUUAAUCAGAAAUGCAAGGAUCCCUGCCCAGGACUAUGCGGUACUAGUGCUGAGUGUCACGUCGUAUCACAUACACCGCGUUGCAACUGUUUGCCUAGCUUUACAGGUGAUCCAUUCACAAUUUGCCAGCCAAUACGUGUAGCCGCGCCGAUUGAAGUACUGAACCCAUGUUCGCCGUCGCCUUGCGGUGCCAAUGCAAAUUGCCUCGAACGUAAUGGUGCCGGCGCCUGUCAAUGUUUACCGGAAUACUUUGGCAAUCCAUAUGAAGGUUGUCGACCGGAAUGUGUACUCAAUUCGGACUGUCCGUCGAACAAGGCCUGCCAGAAUCAAAAAUGUCGCGAUCCUUGCCCCGGUACCUGUGGACAGAAUGCUGAAUGUAAUGUCGUCAACCAUAUACCAACUUGUAAUUGCUUAGUUGGUUAUUCUGGGGAUCCAUAUCGUUAUUGUACAAGACCAGCAGAACCCAUUGUACAAGAGUACGUAAACCCAUGCCAACCCAGUCCAUGUGGACCGAAUUCUCAGUGUCGUGAAGUAAACGGUCAAGCUGUGUGCUCAUGUUUAAGUGAGUUUAUAGGCGUACCACCUUCCUGUAGACCCGAGUGUACAUCCAGUUCAGAAUGUACAAGUGAUAAGGCGUGUAUAAAUCGAAAAUGCGUUGACCCUUGUCCUGGUGUUUGCGGUCAAAGUGCGUUAUGUCAAGUGCGCAAUCACAGUCCAAUUUGUUCCUGUCGUAGUGGUCUAACCGGUGAUCCAUUCGUGCGUUGUUACCCCUUACCACCUCCAACACCUCCUAAAGCCGCCGAUGUAUACCGUGAUCCUUGCGUGCCAUCACCAUGUGGUCCAUAUGCCACAUGUCGCAACCAAAAUAUGGUGCCAUCUUGUACAUGCCAACCAAAUUAUAUAGGCGCACCUCCCAAUUGUCGUCCCGAGUGUACAGUUAACUCCGAUUGCAUCAGCAGCCAGGCAUGUAUAAAUGAACGAUGUCGCGAUCCAUGUCCGGGUGCAUGCGGUGUCAAUACGGUGUGCAAUGUCAUAAACCACACUCCGAACUGUGCAUGCCAGCCCGGUUAUAUAGGCGACGCAUUCAUUGCUUGUCAUCCAGCACCACCACCUCCACCACCACAACAAGAACCUAUUGAUCCUUGCAAUCCUAGCCCAUGUGGACCCAACGCUAUCUGCUCAGGUGAUGGGCAAUGUUCGUGUAUAGCUGAGUAUCAGGGUGACCCCUAUGUCGCAUGUAAACCGGAAUGUAUACUCAAUACAGAGUGUCCACGUGAUCGCGCUUGCAUAAGACAGAAAUGUGUUGAUCCUUGUCCAGGUACUUGUGGCUCAGAGGCCAUAUGUGAAGUCUUUAAUCAUGUGCCCAUGUGCCGUUGUCCGGAACGUAUGACCGGCAAUGCAUUUGUUCAAUGUAUACCGGUUCAAACUGAUAUAUACCGUAAUCCUUGUCAACCAUCGCCUUGUGGUCCGAACUCACAAUGUCGCGAAGUGAACUCACAAGCUGUGUGUAGUUGUCUGCCCAACUAUCUAGGUAGUCCACCCUCAUGUCGCCCAGAAUGUACCAGCAACUCUGAUUGUCCACCAAAUCGUGCUUGUCAAAAUCAACGUUGCGUAGAUCCAUGUCCUGGUACAUGUGGUUUGUAUGCAAAAUGCGCUGUUGUCAAUCACAAUCCUUUCUGCUCGUGCAAUGAACGCUAUACAGGCAAUCCGUUUGUACAAUGUCGUCCUAUAAUUGAACCUGUACGUGAUAUUACACCAACCAACCCAUGUCAACCUUCACCAUGUGGACCGAACAGCCGCUGUCAAGCUGUGGGCGAAUCGCCAUCGUGCUCUUGCCUGGAAAACUUCUACGGUCAACCACCAAACUGCCGUCCCGAAUGUAUUACAAACUCGGAAUGUUCGUCAAACAAUGUUUGUCGAAAUAAUCGCUGUGUGGACCCAUGUCCUGGACUUUGUGGCAAUAAUGCGCUCUGUCGUGUGAUAAGUCAUUCAGCAAUGUGUUACUGUGAGAACGACUACACCGGUGAUCCAUUCGUACAGUGUACCUUAAUUGUACGUGCACCAACCGAAGUUGUCGAUCCUUGCAAUCCGAAUCCAUGCGGUUCAUUCGCCGAAUGCUUACAGCAAAAUGGUGUAGGGUCAUGUAAAUGUCUUGAUGAGUAUUUCGGAAACCCGUACGAAGGAUGCCGCCCUGAAUGUGUGCUGAACACCGAUUGCCCGUCGAACAAGGCAUGUAUAAAUCAGAAGUGUCGCGAUCCUUGUCCCGGUACAUGUGGUUUGAAUGCUGAGUGUUACACUAGAAAUCAUCUACCUACCUGCUCUUGCUUGUACGGCUUUGUAGGUGAUCCAUAUCGUUAUUGCGCCAUUGAAGAAAAACCCAUAGUACAAGAAUAUGUCAACCCUUGUCAACCAUCGCCAUGCGGUCCCAAUAGUCAGUGUCGCGAAGUGAAUAGUCAAGCAGUGUGCUCUUGUCUGCCAGAAUUUAUAGGCACUCCACCGGCGUGUAGGCCCGAGUGUACUAUAAGUACUGAGUGUAACUUCGACAAAGCCUGUAUCAAUCAAAAAUGUGCCGAUCCAUGCCCAGGCGUUUGUGGCAUGGGAUCCCAGUGUCAAGUGCGCAACCACGCACCACUGUGUUCUUGUCAGCUUGGUUACACUGGUGAUCCGUUUACGCGUUGUUAUCCCAUACCUCCGCCACCACCAACAGCUGUCGCCGAACCAAUACGAGAUCCCUGCUUGCCUUCACCUUGUGGUCCCAACUCUCAAUGCAGAAAUGGCAACGGUCAAGCCUCAUGCUCCUGUUUACCCAAUUUCUUUGGCGCACCACCUAAUUGUCGUCCAGAGUGUGUCACCAACUCGGAGUGUUCAUCCAACUUGGCAUGCAUUAAUAAUCGGUGCACUGAUCCUUGUCCAGGUUCUUGCGCCUACAAUGCUCAAUGCAGCGGGAUAAAUCACAUACCUAUAUGUUCUUGUCCAAAGGAUUAUGUAGGUGAUCCAUUUGUUAGUUGUCAGCUGGCACCACCACCUCAACCACCAGUGAAAGACGAUCCUUGUAAUCCAUCACCUUGUGGCCCUAACGCUGUCUGUAACGAUGGUCAAUGCACCUGUAUACCAGAAUAUCAAGGCGACCCCUUCGUUGGCUGUCGUCCGGAGUGUGUAUUGAAUUCGGAAUGUCCACACGAUAAGGCUUGUAUUAGAAAUAAAUGUGUUGAUCCAUGUCCGGGUACUUGUGGUGUCAAUGCUAUUUGCGAAGUGCUAAAUCAUGUGCCCAUGUGCCGUUGUCCUGAUGGCAUGUCCGGAAAUGCAUUCUACCAAUGUGAUCCAAUACCACCUAAACUUGUCUCCAAUCCAUGUGAACCAUCACCGUGUGGUCCGAAUAGCCGCUGUCGUGUUGUCAACCAAAAUGCUGUAUGUUCUUGUAUCGAAGGUUUCAUCGGUAAUCCGCCUACAUGUCGUCCAGAAUGUGUUCGUAAUUCCGAUUGUGGUCCACAAAUGGCCUGCCAAAAUCAAAAAUGUGUCGAUCCUUGUCCUGGAGCUUGUGGUUUUAAUGCUAUUUGCAAAGUAACAAAUCAUGCGCCCAUCUGUACAUGUCCGGUGCGUCAUACUGGAAAUCCAUUCGUGGCCUGCCAACGCAUAAUUGAACCACCGAUACGCUUGCAAGAACCAAAGGACCCUUGCUACCCAUCACCUUGCGGUCCGAAUUCGCAAUGUCGCGCUGUCGGUGAUGCUCCGUCAUGUUCCUGCUUACCAGAAUUUAUUGGCUCACCACCUAACUGUCGACCGGAGUGUGUUACGAAUAGUGAAUGCAGCCAAGACAAGGCUUGCAUUAAUCAAAAAUGUGUUGAUCCUUGUCCUGGCUUAUGCGGAGAGAAUGCCCAGUGUCGCGUAAUCAGUCAUACAGCGAUGUGCCUUUGUACACCUGGUUUUACAGGCGAUCCCUUCACGGCCUGCUCACCGGAGCCUGUGAAACAAGAUGAAAUCAUAUCGCCUUGUGAACCAAAUCCAUGUGGUGUAAACGCGGAGUGUCGUCAAGUGAACAACGCCGGUUCUUGUCAGUGUUUGCCCGAGUACUUUGGCAACCCUUAUGAUGGCUGUCGUCCAGAAUGUGUCACGAACUCCGACUGUCCGCUUGAUAAAUCAUGUCAAAAUCAGAAAUGCCGUGAUCCUUGUCCGGGUGUCUGCGCGCUAAAUGCUAUUUGUCGCGUAAUAAAUCACUUACCAUCUUGUAAUUGUCUUGAUGGCUUCAUAGGUGAUCCAUACACUUAUUGUCAAUUACCAGUGAAACCAAUUAUGAAAGAAUAUAUUAAUCCUUGUCAACCAUCGCCUUGCGGACCAAAUUCACAAUGUCGCGAAGUGAAUAAUCAAGCGGUUUGUUCAUGUCUGCCUACUUUUGUUGGCACACCACCAGCAUGUCGACCCGAGUGUACUACAAGCGCUGAAUGUGCCUUAGAUAAGGCGUGCAUCAACCAGAAAUGUCAGGAUCCUUGCCCUGGCACAUGCGGUUCAAAUGCGGAAUGUAACGUACGUAACCACUCACCUUUCUGUACUUGUUUGAAUGGAUAUACAGGAAAUGCCUUCACACGCUGUCACCAGAUACCACCACCGCCUCCAGCUGCAACACCACCUGAACCUGUACGAAAUCCAUGUGUGCCCUCGCCAUGUGGACAGUUUGCUGAAUGUCGCGAUAUCAACGGCAAUCCGUCUUGUUCAUGUCUACCUACCUAUAUAGGUAGUCCACCAAACUGUCGACCCGAAUGUACCAGAAAUUCGGAUUGUGCCAGCACACAAGCUUGUAUUAAUCAAAAAUGUCGCGAUCCUUGCCCAGGCGCAUGCGGUUUUAAUGCAAAUUGUCAUGUUAUUAAUCACACACCGAUUUGUCAGUGCGUGUCAGGCUUGAUUGGAGAUCCAUUUGUCUCUUGCCAAGCACCACCACCGCCACCUCCAAAACUAGCAGAGGACCCAUGCAAUCCCUCGCCUUGUGGUCCAAAUGCUGUAUGUCGCGAUGGUCAGUGCGAAUGUAUACCGGAGUAUCAAGGUAAUCCAUUAAUUGGUUGUCGUCCAGAAUGUGUUUUGAACACAGACUGUUCUUCGGACAAGGCAUGUAUACUUCAAAAAUGUACAAAUCCUUGUCCGGGCACUUGUGCCUCGAACGCCAUUUGUGAGGUGCACAAUCACAUACCAAUGUGUCAUUGUCCAGAAGGUAUGACUGGUAAUGCAUUCGCACUGUGCCAACCUAUACCUACGCCAGUGCAGACAAACCCAUGUCAACCGUCGCCGUGUGGACCAAACUCACAAUGUCGYGUAAUAAAUCAACAAGCUGUGUGUUCUUGUUUACCUGAAUUUAUUGGAGCGCCACCAUCCUGCCGUCCGGAAUGUACCAGCAAUGCAGAAUGUGCCCUUAAUCGGGCCUGUUUGCAGCAGAAAUGUCGCGAUCCCUGUCCUGGUGUAUGCGGUGUCAAUGCCGAGUGCACGGUCAUCAAUCACUCGCCGAUUUGUCGCUGUACCAAUUCUUACACCGGCAAUCCGUUCGUUGCAUGCAGUCCUGUUCGAAUUGUUCCUCAAUUGGAUGUUGCACCUAAAGAUCCUUGUCGUCCCUCGCCGUGCGGACCGAAUGCUGAGUGUCGCGCAGUAGGCGACAGCCCUUCAUGUUCGUGUCUCAAGAACUUUAUUGGUGCACCACCAAACUGCCGUCCUGAAUGUGUAACAAAUUCCGAAUGUCCACUGUCUCAAGCUUGCAUUAAUCAACGUUGCCAAGAUCCCUGCCCCGGUGUUUGCGGCUCAAACGCCGAUUGCCAUGUCAUUAAUCAUACACCAAUGUGUGUGUGUACAAGCGGUUAUACUGGAGAUCCAUUCAACUAUUGCGACGUCAUACGCGAUGUACCGGAAGAAGUACUCAAUCCUUGUCAACCAAGUCCUUGUGGAUCCAACACCGAAUGUAUUGUACGUAACGGCGCUGGCGCUUGUCAAUGCCUACCUGAAUAUCAAGGCAACCCAUAUGAGGGCUGUCGCCCUGAAUGUGUUGUAAACUCUGAUUGUCCAACGAACAAGGCUUGCCUACAGAACAAAUGUAAAGAUCCCUGCCCAGGCACUUGUGGACAGAAUGCACUAUGUUAUGUACGCAAUCAUUUGCCAACUUGCAACUGUUUAGCUGGUUAUACAGGCGAUCCUUACAGCUACUGUACGGUAUUGACAGAACCUAAAUUAGACGUGGUAAACCCAUGUCAGCCUUCACCAUGUGGACCAAAUUCACAAUGUAAGGAAGUCAAGCAACAAGCGGUCUGCUCUUGUCUACCAAUAUUCAUCGGCACCCCACCAGACUGCCGCCCUGAAUGUACUAUAUCCAGCGAAUGUGCGCUCGAUAAGGCAUGUGUCAAUCAAAAAUGCGUCGAUCCGUGCCCCGGUGUGUGUGGACUUAACGCCGAAUGCCGCGUGCAUAACCAUAACCCACUUUGCACUUGCCGUAACCAUUACACCGGCGAUGCAUUUACCAGGUGCUAUCCAAUGCCAUGUAAGAAGCAGAUAGUUGUCGGAUAUAAAAACACAUUUGUCAAACACAACCUAAUUUUUAUAGCACCACAGCCUGUGCCCGUGAUUAGAGAGGAAUACCGCGAUCCAUGCGUACCAUCACCUUGUGGUGCUAAUGCUGUAUGCCGUAACGUCAAUGGUCAGGCCUCGUGUUCCUGUCUGCCCAACUACUUAGGUGCACCACCCAACUGCCGACCGGAGUGUUCUAUCAAUGCCGAGUGCUUACCACACUUGGCAUGUAUAAAUGAAAAAUGUCGCGACCCCUGCCCGGGUUCGUGUGGUUUCUCUGCGAUUUGUAGUGUCAUUAAUCACACGCCAAUAUGUACCUGCCCAGCUGAUUAUAAAGGCGAUCCGUUCACUAGAUGUACACCUAAACCACCCGAGCCCCAACUGCCUUUACAAGACCCAUGUAAUCCGUCACCCUGCGGUAGUAAUGCCAUCUGUAAUAACGGCGUUUGCUCGUGCUUGCCUGAGUACCAAGGAAACGCGUAUUCCGGUUGUCGACCAGAAUGUGUACUUAAUACUGAGUGUCCACGUGAUAAAGCUUGCAUAAGAAGCAAAUGCGUUGACCCUUGCCCAGGCACAUGUGGUGUGGGAGCCAUCUGUGAGGUGUUCAAUCAUAUACCAAUGUGUCGUUGCCCUGAUGGUAUGUCGGGCAACGCUUUCAUUCAAUGCUCUGUACUACAAACUCCGCCAACUGUAACGAAUGUGUGUCAACCAUCGCCGUGUGGUCCUAAUUCCCAAUGUCAUGAAGUUAAUCAACAGGCAGUUUGCGCUUGCUUACCUGACUAUUUCGGUUCACCACCCAACUGCCGACCAGAGUGUACCAUAAACUCGGAUUGUCCACCGAACUUAGCUUGCGUUAAUCAGAAAUGUCGAGAUCCAUGCCCCGGCAGCUGUGGCGUACGUGCCGUGUGCUCGGUUAUUAAUCACGGGCCAUUCUGUAGUUGCCCGAGCGGCUACACUGGUAAUGCGCAUACUCUAUGCCAACUAUUACCACCACCGACACUUCAACAGGAACCUGUAAAUCCCUGCAUACCUUCGCCAUGCGGUCCCAACUCACAAUGCGCUGACAGAAACGGUUCACCAUCAUGCAGCUGCUUGCCAGAUUAUAUUGGUGCCCCACCAAAUUGCCGACCAGAAUGUUUAUCUUCCUCGGAAUGUGCCAGCAAUAAAGCGUGUAUCAACAUGAAGUGCCGCGACCCAUGUCCCGGUGUUUGUGGUACAUCAGCUACUUGUCAUGUGGUUAGUCAUACCCCAUCUUGUGUCUGCAUCGCCGGUUAUAUGGGUGAUCCGUUCACGCAAUGUUAUCCCGAACCGAUUGUUGAACUCGAGCAGAUUAACCCGUGUGUACCUAGUCCAUGUGGCAGCAACGCUGUUUGUACCACACAAAACAAUGCCGGCGCUUGUAAGUGUCUGCCAGAGUAUUUCGGUAAUCCUUAUGAAGGUUGUCGCCCCGAGUGUAUCGCAAAUUCUGAUUGCCCUUCGAAUAAGGCUUGUCGAAAUCAAAAGUGUCAAGAUCCCUGCCCUGGCGUUUGUGGACAAAAUGCGCAGUGUGACGCCAUUAAUCAUUUGCCCACCUGCAGUUGUCUGUCGGGUUACACCGGUGAUCCUUAUAGCUACUGUAAUGUUUUGAAAGAACCUGUUAGAGAAUAUGUUAAUCCAUGCAUACCCUCUCCAUGUGGCCCGAAUUCUCAAUGUCGCGAGGUAAACGAACAAGCCAUAUGCUCAUGUCUGCCCGAAUUCAUUGGCAGUCCACCCUCUUGUCGUCCCGAAUGCACAUCGAACUCUGAAUGUACCGCUGAUAAAGCCUGCAUCAACAAGAAAUGCCAAGAUCCUUGCCCUGGCACUUGUGGCUCGAAUGCUGAGUGUCGCGUACGUUCACAUAGCCCAUAUUGUAGUUGUCGCCCAGGUUAUACUGGUGAUGCAUUUGUCCGUUGCAAUCCUAUACCGCCACCACCACCGCCAGCGCGUGAACCAUACCGCGAUCCAUGUGUUCCUUCACCUUGCGGUCAAUAUGCAGUUUGUCGUAUUGUAAACGAACAGCCGACAUGUUCUUGUCUAGCUUUGUAUACCGGUUCACCACCCAAUUGCCGCCCAGAAUGUGUUAUAAACUCGGACUGUGCCAGCAAUCGCGCUUGCAUAAACGAAAAGUGUCGCGAUCCUUGCCCUGGAUCUUGUGGAGUGUAUGCCGUUUGCAAUGUUUUAAAUCAUACGCCAGUGUGUACGUGCCCGGCCGGAUAUAUCGGUGAUCCAUUCACGAAUUGCCACCCGCAACCAGCUCCACCACCACCACCUACCCCUGCUGACGAUCCUUGCGUACCAUCACCGUGUGGUAUUAACGCUCAAUGCAGCGAUGGUAUUUGCACAUGCAUCGGCGAAUAUCAAGGCGAUCCAUACACUGGUUGCCGUCCUGAAUGUAUUCUUAACAGCGAAUGCCAGCGCGAUAAAGCUUGUAUCAACCAGAAAUGUCAAGAUCCUUGUCCCGGCACCUGUGCUUCGAACGCGAUAUGCGAAGUACACAAACAUGUACCCAUGUGCCACUGCCCAGCGGGAAUGCAAGGUAAUGCAUUUGUUCUCUGCCAACCAAUUCCGGAGCGGCCACCUGAACCAGCGCAUCCAUGCCAACCAUCACCAUGCGGUCCAAACUCACAAUGUCAAGAUAGAAAUGGUAUAGCAGUUUGUUCGUGUGUAGCAGAUAUGAUAGGAACACCACCCGCUUGUCACCCCGAAUGUGUCAGCAAUUCCGAGUGUCCGAUGAACCGCGCAUGCAUCAAUCAGAAAUGCAAGGAUCCGUGUCCAGGCGCUUGCGGCCAUAAUGCACUCUGCAACAUUGUUAAUCAUAACCCAAUUUGCUCGUGUCCAACGGGGUAUACCGGAAGUCCAUUUGUAGCUUGUCAACCCAUCAUCAAUCCUCCGAUUUAUGAAGAACCUCGCGAUCCCUGUCGUCCAUCACCGUGCGGCGCCAAUGCUCAAUGCAGCAACAUCAAUGGUGCACCUUCAUGUACUUGUCUCUCUGAGUUUAUAGGCGUACCACCAAAUUGUCGUCCAGAAUGUAUAUCUAAUUCAGAAUGUGUUUCCGAUAAGGCUUGCAUUAAUCAGAAGUGUCGCGAUCCAUGCCCGGGUCUAUGCGGUUCCAAUGCACAGUGUCAUACUUUGAAUCACAUACCCAAUUGUGUUUGUGAACAGGGUUACGUUGGAGAUCCCUUCACAGUCUGCCGCUUGCCAUUGCCGCCACCACCAGCACCAGUACCCGACUUUAUAGACCCAUGUGUACCGAACCCUUGUGGAGAUAAUGCGGAAUGUCGUCGUCAUAACAAUGUUGGAUCUUGUGUCUGUCUACCUGAAUAUUUCGGAAACCCUUAUCAAGGUUGUCGACCUGAGUGUGUGCUAAAUAGUGAUUGUCCAUCAAAUAAAGCCUGCGUACAACGUAAGUGUCAAGAUCCAUGUCCUGGCACUUGCGGUCGCAAUGCCGAAUGCCAGGUUGUUAAUCACCUACCCGUUUGUCAUUGCUUCAGUGGCUAUACGGGCAAUCCGUUUAGCUUAUGCUCACCUGUUAAACAAUUGGAGCCCAUUUAUGUUAACCCAUGUCAACCUUCGCCGUGCGGUCCGAAUGCACAAUGCCACGAGGUUAAUCAACAAGCUGUUUGUUCGUGCUUGCCUGAAUUUAUAGGCUCACCUCCUGCUUGCCGUCCACAGUGUACCGUUAAUUCGGAAUGUCCACUCACACAGGCCUGCAUAAAUCGUAAAUGCGCAGAUCCUUGCCCUGGUACUUGUGGGCAAAAUGCAGAAUGUCGCGUUUACAACCAUAAUCCGAUUUGUUCGUGCAGAGUUAGCUAUACCGGGGAUGCUUUUACGCGCUGUUAUCCAAUACCGCCACCAAUCGCAGAUGUAACGCCACCACCACCAGGCAAUCCAUGCAAUCCUUCACCUUGUGGCCAAUACGCGCAAUGUCAUAAUCGUAACGGUGGCGCGGUUUGCUCAUGUCUACCUAGCUACAUAGGUACCCCACCGAAUUGCCGCCCUGAAUGCGUUGUACACUCCGAUUGUCCCUCGAAUCGUGCCUGCAUAAAUGAGAAGUGUCGUGAUCCAUGUCCCGGUUCAUGUGGUUUUAAUGCAAUUUGUAAUGUACUCAAUCAUGUACCGAACUGCGUCUGUCCAACUGGCUAUGUAGGUGAUCCAUUCAGUAGCUGUCAACCACAGCCAUCCCAACCCGUGCAACGUGAGCCUAUCAAACAGGAUCCUUGUGUACCAUCACCUUGUGGUGCGAAUGCAGCUUGUAGUGGAGACGGCGUGUGUACAUGUCUACCCGAAUAUCAUGGAGAUCCAUACAGUGGUUGUCGCCCAGAAUGCGUACUAAACAGCGAUUGCGCCCGUGACCGUGCUUGUAUCAAUCAAAAAUGUAAAGACCCAUGCCCUGGUACUUGUGGCACGCUUGCCCUCUGCAAUGUUAUAAACCACGUACCGAUGUGUUCGUGUCCAGCUGGCAUGACAGGCAAUGCAUUUGUUUAUUGCGAAAGCAUACCAAUCGUCGAACCACCACCACCCAUAAACCCCUGUCAGCCUUCUCCUUGUGGUGCUAAUGCACAGUGUCGCGCGUCUAAUCAACAAGCCAUCUGCUCUUGCCUCCCAGGUUAUAUUGGCGCCCCACCAUCUUGUCGUCCCGAGUGUGUUUCCAAUUCCGAAUGUGCUUUGGAUAAGUACUGUUUGAAUCAGCAUUGCCAAGAUCCGUGCGCCGGUACCUGCGGUUUACGUGCCGUCUGUCAUGUUCAAAAUCAUAGCCCAAUAUGUGCCUGUCCACCACGUUUCACCGGUGAUCCGUUCAUUUCCUGUCAGCCAAUAAUUAUACCAAAACCAGCACCAAUAAGCGACGUAACACCUACAAAUCCAUGCCAACCAUCACCUUGCGGACCGAACUCGGAAUGCACCGCCACUGCGAAUGGCGCACAAUGUACUUGCUUACGUGAUUUCAUUGGUACCGCACCGAACUGCCGUCCCGAAUGCGUAACAAGUGCUGAAUGUGCCUCGGACAGGGCGUGCAUCAAUCGCAAAUGCGCCGAUCCCUGUCCGGGUUCGUGUGGUGUUGCAGCCGAGUGUCGUGUAUUGGCGCACAGUGCAAUGUGUUACUGUCCAAGCGGAUAUACUGGCGAUCCUUUCUCUACAUGCGUUAAACAACAGGAACCACCAACGGAGGUGGCUCUACCUUGCAGUCCCAGCCCUUGUGGUCCAAACGCAAUUUGCCAACCACGUAAUGGCAUUAGCGUUUGUCAAUGUUUACCGGACUAUUUCGGUAAUCCUUAUGAAGCUUGUCGUCCUGAAUGUGUUAGGAAUUCGGAUUGUUCAGCGGACAAAGCUUGUCGAAACUCGAAGUGCCGUGAUCCAUGUCCUGGCACUUGUGGUUCGCAGGCAACUUGUCAAGUCGUCAAUCAUAUACCGAACUGCGCUUGCCUGCCAGGCUAUCGCGGCGAUCCAUAUACGUAUUGUGAAAUAGUGCAGGCAGAACCUGAACCACCCGUCAAAGUAAGUCCCUGCCAACCAUCACCAUGUGGCGCCAACGCACAAUGUCGCGAAUCAAAUGGUCAAGCCGUUUGCUCGUGUCUACCGGAAUUCGUUGGCACUCCACCCACUUGUCGUCCAGAAUGUGUCGUCAGCUCAGAGUGUCCAUCCGACAAAGCGUGCAUCAACCAGAAAUGUAAAGAUCCCUGUCCAGGCGCUUGUGGCUUAAACGCCGAAUGUCAUGUACAUAACCAUAGUCCGUUGUGUGCUUGUAAGGCCAGUUAUACCGGCGAAGCCUUCACCAGCUGCCAGCGCAUACCACCACCACGUACCCCAGAACCGCCGCAAGCAGAUGUCAAUCCAUGCAUACCGUCACCUUGUGGCCCAUACGCACAAUGUCGUGAAGUUAAUGGUGCCGCUACAUGCAGCUGUUUGACGAACUACAUUGGCGCGCCGCCCAACUGCCGUCCGGAAUGUACAAUUAAUGCGGAAUGUGCCAGCAAUAUGGCCUGUAUUAACGAACGUUGUCGCGAUCCAUGUCCCGGUUCAUGUGGAUUUUCAGCGCUUUGUAAUGUAAUAUAUCAUACACCCAGCUGUUCUUGUCCCGUUGGCUAUACCGGCGAUCCGUUUACCAGCUGUCGUCCAUUACCACCAGCGCCACCAGCACCAAAACCAGCGGAACCUGUGGAUCCAUGCAUCCCUUCACCAUGUGGCGCAAAUACUGUCUGCAAUAACGGGCAAUGUUCCUGCAUACCGGAAUAUCAUGGCGAUCCCAUAAUCGGUUGUCGUCCAGAAUGUGUACUUAAUGCAGAUUGUCCACGUGAUCGCGCUUGCGUGCGUAAUAAAUGUGUGGACCCAUGUCCAGGUACAUGCGGCCAACGCGCGCUCUGUGACGUCGUCAACCACAUACCAAUGUGUCGCUGUCCAGAACGUAUGACUGGUAAUGCCUUUGUCGCUUGUGAUGCAGUUCCUGAAGUGGAGUUGAAGAAUCCAUGCCAGCCAUCGCCGUGCGGCCCCAAUUCACAGUGUAUUGAACGUAAUGGCAAUGCCAUUUGCUCUUGUAUUACUGGUUACUUCGGCAAUCCGCCAAACUGUCGCCUCGAAUGUUAUAGCAGUUCGGAUUGUGCACAAAUACACGCGUGUAUCAAUAAUAAAUGUGUUGAUCCUUGCCCAGGUCAAUGUGGUCUGAAUGCCGAGUGUCAGGCUGUGCAGCAUCGCGCACACUGCGAAUGUAUACGCGGUUACACCGGUAAUCCAUAUUCACUUUGUACGAGACCAGAAAUACGACAAGAACCACCUGCAAUACAGAACCCUUGUAUACCAUCUCCUUGCGGUCCUAAUGCUCAAUGUAGUGACGUAAAGGGACAGCCGCGUUGCUCUUGUCUGGCCGACUUUAUUGGUACACCGCCAAAUUGUCGCCCAGAAUGCUCUAGUAAUGACGAUUGUCCUAACAACUUGGCUUGCAUCAACCGCAAAUGUCGUGACCCAUGUCCCGGUUCAUGUGGUUUAAAUGCCAAUUGUCUUGUGACACUCCAUAUACCCAAUUGUCAUUGCCCAGUUGGCAUGACCGGCGAUCCCUUCCGCGUAUGUUAUGAGGCUCCAAAAAUAUUACCACCACCACCGAAACAGGAACCACGUGAUCCCUGCCGUCCAUCACCAUGCGGCCCGAACAGCGAAUGCCGUGGACGUGGCGAUAGCUAUACUUGCUCAUGUAUUAAUGACUACAUUGGUAAUCCGUAUGAAGGUUGCCGCCCCGAAUGUAUUGGCAAUUCUGAAUGUUCCUCAAAUCGUGCUUGCAUACGCAACAAAUGCGCCGACCCUUGUCCAGGCACUUGUGGUGUUGAGGCCCUUUGCACCAUCCACAAUCACAUACCAAUUUGCUCUUGCCCCACUGGCUACAGUGGCAAUGCUUUCGUCCAAUGUUCACCGAUUGUAAUAGAACACAUACCCCAGGAACGUCGUGAUCCCUGCUAUCCAACACCGUGCGGCAUAAAUACGGUAUGCAAAGUACAACGCGAUCAGGCUGUUUGUGAAUGUCUACCAGGCUUCUUUGGCAAUCCACAAGGACAGGGUUGUCGUCCCGAAUGUACACUCAGUUCCGACUGUGCCAAGGAUAAGGCUUGUGUCAAUUCCAAAUGUGUCGAUCCAUGUCCCGGCGUUUGCGGUUAUGGCGCCCAAUGCCAGACCGCCAAUCACAAUCCAAUAUGCAGCUGCCCCAGUCCAAUGGUUGGCAAUCCGUUCGUUGAAUGUCACGCGCCACCACAACCGAUAGAUCCUUGCAAUCCAUCACCAUGUCGCAGCAAUGGCAUAUGCCAGGUUAUCAAUGGUGCUGCCACUUGCACGUACCCCGAAUGUGUAACCAAUGAGGACUGCUCACGUAAUCGUGCUUGUAUCAAUCAGAAAUGUCGCGAUCCAUGUAUUAAUGCUUGCGGUGUCAAUGCCAUCUGUAAUGCCAUCAAUCAUAAGGCGGUAUGUACCUGUCCAACUGGUUACUAUGGCUCACCAUUUAACCAAUGUCUUCGACAAAUGGAGGAAAUACCAGCACCGCGACCGGAAUGUACCACCGACGCUGAAUGCUCGAACGACAAAGCGUGCGUCAAUCAGGCUUGUCAGAAUCCAUGCGAACUCUCGAAUAUUUGUGGAACAAAUGCGCGCUGUCACGUGCAAUUGCACAGACCACUGUGUGUCUGUAACGAAGGUUACACCGGCAAUGCUUUCAGUUAUUGCCAUGUCAUCGGCUGUCGCUCAGACGAGGAAUGCCCCGCCACUGAAGCGUGUAUCAACAAACAAUGUACCGAUCCUUGCCCGUACACACAGUGCGGCACGAACGCAAUCUGUCGCGCCGACUACAAUCACAAGGCACGCUGUCACUGCCCCGACGGUUAUCGCGGCAAUCCAUUAGUACGCUGUGAACGACCGGAAUGCACACGCGACGACGAAUGCGCCUUCAAUUUGGCCUGUAAGAAUGAACGUUGCGAAGAUCCCUGCAAUUGUGGUGUGGGCGCGCAGUGUCGUGUCGACAAUCAUCGCGCACAAUGUCGCUGCCCACCGGGCUACAGUGGCAAUCCGCUGGUUAGCUGUGUAUUCGAAGAACCUAAAGUGGCACCUCAAUGUACUAUAGACGCGGACUGUACCAGCAAGUUGGCCUGUUUCAAUGGCGAAUGUAAGAAUCCAUGCGCGGUAACGCAACCAUGUGGCGCAAAUGCUAUCUGCUCGGUGGUGGACACGCUGCCGUUGCGUACUAUGAUCUGUCAAUGCGAACCCGGUUAUGUGGGUGAUGCGGAUGUGGGUUGUCGUAAAGAACCCGCACGUGAUCAUGGUUGCCAAUCGAACAGCGAAUGUCAAGAUACGGAAGCCUGUCGCAAUGGCGCCUGUGUAAAUCCUUGUAUUGAUGCCUCACCUUGCGCCCGCACAGCCGAAUGCUUAGCUCAGCGUCAUCGCGCCGUCUGCAGUUGUCCACAGGGCACACAGGGUGAUCCAUUCACAAACUGCUACCAACCACCUGAAAUCACCGCGGGCUGUAAACACGAUGCGGAGUGUCCGUCAACAACGGCCUGCAUUAAUCAGCGCUGUCAAGAUCCCUGCGCUGAGGCGAAUCCGUGUGCUGGCAAUGCGGAAUGUCGUGUACGCAACUCGCGUCCAAUAUGUUCUUGCCCCGCCGGCUGGGGUGGUGACCCGCAAGUACAAUGCUACAAACCGGAAUGCAAGAUAAACGCGGACUGUCCCUACGAUAAGGCUUGUAUCAAUGAGAAUUGUGUAAAUCCUUGCAGUUAUGGCGAGGUACGUUGCGGCACUGGCGCUCAAUGCGCACCACAAAACCACCAAGCAGUCUGCAUAUGUCCGCCUGGCACACAAGGCAAUCCGUUUGUCUCCUGCAUCACCGGUCACUGCCAAUACAAUGAAGAUUGUGCCGAUCAUGAGGCUUGCGAUCGCUUGAAUCGUGUUUGUCGUCCGGUUUGCGAUGAAGACACCUGCGCGCUGAAUGCCAUUUGCACUGGCAGACGUCAUCAGCCGCAAUGUGAAUGCCGACCCGGCUAUAGAGGCAAUCCGUUCGUACGGUGCGAUGUGCCACGCGAGCCACCAACUAAAGUGGAACCCGAAUGUAAACAGGAUGCUGAUUGUCCAUCUCAAUUGGCUUGUAUUAAUCAGCGUUGCGCCAAUCCGUGCGCCACACCACAUGUUUGCACGCCACAACAGACCUGUCACGUAUUGGAUACGCUACCUUUGCGUACUAUGAUCUGCAAGUGCCCGAGCGAUACGAUCACCGAUAAUUCGGGUAAUUGCGUACCAAUCAAACAUGAAGUAGUCAGCGGUUGCCAGAGCAACGAUGAAUGCGGUAACACCGAGGUCUGCCAACGUGGUGUAUGUAUCGACGCUUGCCGCUUGGAACGCUGCGGUGUAAAUGCGCAAUGUCGUUCGCGCGAUCACUAUGCCGAAUGCACAUGUGCACGUGGCUACGAAGGCAAUCCACGCGUUGAGUGCCAGUUGAUCGUACACGAACAGCCGAAAACACCGAACGCUGAAUGCACAAAGAACGAUGACUGUCCCUAUGAUAAGACGUGUAAGAAUGAACGCUGCGUAAAUCCUUGUGCGGAAGAUUCUUGUGGACGCGGUGCUUAUUGCCAUGUACAAAAUAGAGAACCGGUAUGUCGUUGUCCAAGCGGUUUCACCGGCGAUGCGCGCGUUGCUUGUGUACCACCGCCUGAUGUCUCUACGAUAGGUUGCAAAUCAAAUUCGGAUUGCUCUCUCAGUGAAUCUUGUGUCAACGAACGUUGCAUUAAUCCCUGCAAUUGUGGCCCGAAUGCCGAGUGUAUUGUACGUAAUCACCACCCGGUUUGCUACUGUCAACCUGGCUACUCUGGCAAUGCACAAUUCGGUUGCGUACAAAUUGGCUGCCAAUCGGACGAUGAAUGUUCAUCGGAUCAACAGUGCGUAAAUCGUGAAUGCGUGAAUCCUUGUUUGAUCAGUGAUCCGUGCGCGCUCAAUGCCGAAUGCUUUGGUCGUAAUCAUCGCGCCACCUGUCGCUGUCCGGCCGGCUUGGAAGGUGAUCCAUUCCAACGUUGUGUACGCGUCGAAUGUCACUCAGACUACGAUUGCGCUACGAAUCAAGCAUGUGUACGAAAUCAAUGUGUGAACCCCUGUCAGGAUAGCCCAUGCGCACAAAAUGCCAUUUGUCAAGCACUGCAGCAUCGCGCCGUUUGCCGCUGCCCGGAGACUAUGCCGCUCGGCAACCCUUACGCUUAUUGUGAACGUCGUCCUGUAGAGCCAGUUUGUCGCGACGAUGGCGAUUGCCCAAGUCGCUUGGCUUGCAUCGACAGUAAAUGUCAGAACCCUUGCACUAUACUCUCACCAUGUGCAAGCUCCGCAAAAUGCAGUGUACUAGAUAGCGUACCUGUACGUACUAUGGUAUGCGAAUGCCCUGAAUCAUAUGUUCCGGAUGCGCGAGGUGAAUGCAAACCGAUCGUACUGCAGAGUCCACCAGGUUGCAGUAGUGAUGCCGACUGUCCCGAUCAAGAGGCGUGUAUCAAUCGUCAGUGCCGAAACCCAUGUAACUGUGGCACCAACGCUAUUUGUCAAGUACAAAAUCAUCGCGCCACAUGCUCUUGCCAAGACGGUUACGACGGCAAUCCCUAUGCAUUCUGUCGCACCAUUGGCUGUCGCAUAGAUAGUGAAUGUGACUCUGGUAAGGCCUGUAUCAACGGCAACUGUAUUAAUCCCUGCUUAGUGAAUGAUCCUUGCGGUAUCAACGCUGAAUGCUAUGUGCAAUCUAACAACGCUAUGUGUCGCUGCAAGAGUGGUUAUCGUGGUAAUGCUUAUGAACGUUGUCGCGUCAUUGGUUGUCUAACGAACAAUGAUUGCCCCUCUGACAAGAUGUGCCAAAAUGAACAGUGCGUCAAUCCUUGUAUUUACCACAAUACAUGCUCACCACGCGCCGAGUGCCGCGCGCAAAACCAUUUGGCUGUCUGUCGCUGUCCCGCUGGCUUCCUGGGCAAUCCAUAUGUGGACUGCCGUCCAGAACCACAACCUAUGUGCAAAGUAGACACAGAUUGUCCAGCGCGCUUGGCAUGCAUCAACGAUGAGUGUGUCGAUCCCUGCCUCACUCUGGAACCAUGCAACCGACCGGCACAAUGUGAAGUGACACCAACGUCGCCUGUACGUACUAUGAUCUGCAUCUGCCCCGACGGCUACAUAAGCAGCGGCAGUGGCACCUGCAAACCAACAAAGACAAUUGUGGAAGUAGGUGGUUGUAUAGCCGAUUCAGACUGCGCCACAGAUAAGUCCUGCGUAAAUGGCAUCUGUCGCGAUCCCUGCAAUUGUGGCUUGAACGCUGAAUGCCGCAUUAAGGACCAUAAACCGGUAUGUACUUGUCGUCAAGGUUACGAGGGUAACCCAGAAUUCGAAUGUUCCAAGAUUGAAUGCGCUAUAAAUUCGGACUGUCCGUCUACGCACGCCUGUCGCAAUCAACUUUGUGUGCCCGUUUGCCAAGGUGAGCAAUGCAGCACAAAUGCGGAAUGUCUAGCAGUUGAUCACCGCGCUGUAUGUGAAUGUAUACCCGGCUUCCGUGGCAAUGCGCGCAUCGCCUGUACACCACUUGGCUGCCGUACCGACGGUGAAUGUCCAUCAGACAAGGCGUGUGUCAAUGGCAAAUGUGAAAACCCAUGCGAUACAAAGGCGAUUUGUGCGUAUGACGAAAUUUGCAAGGUCUACAACCAUCAACCGGAAUGUGCCUGCCCGCCAGGUACUAUUGCGCGUCGCAACGGCUGUGAACCGCUACGUGACAUACCUAUUUGCCGCUACGAUGGCGACUGUCCAAGCCAAACUGCCUGUAUACGUGGCGAAUGCGUCAAUCCAUGCAAUGCAACACAUCCUUGUGGCGUUAAUGCCGACUGUCGUGUCUUAGAUACUGUGCCAGUGCGCACAAUGAUCUGCGAAUGUUUGGAGGGAUACACCGGCAAUGCGGCCAUACAGUGUGACAAACGCUCAUUGUGUGUAAUCGAGAAAGGCUUCGUACGCGAUGUCGACGGUCAAUGUGUCUGCCCGCCAGGCACUGCUUUGGACAUAUACGAAUAUUGUGCGCCCUGCCUGCCACAACAAGGCUUCAAGAUCGACGAAAACGGACGCUGUGUGUGCGCUUUGGAGCGCGGUAUGGUCAUCGAUGAGCGUGGACGCUGUAUCUGCCCGACAGAUCAUGGCUAUCGACUCACCCCUGCUGGCGAAUGCAUAGCAGAAGAUCAACCUGGCUGUGAAACGAACGAAGACUGUGCAGACAAUCGCUUCUGCAACACACGUACAAAGACCUGUGAGGAUCCUUGUCUGCAAAAGGUGUGCGGCGUAAACGCCUUCUGUAAUGCCAUCAAUCAUCGUGCACAAUGUCAAUGCAUCACCGGCUACACUGGCAAUCCAGAGCUUAUUUGCAAUCACACCAACUUCCGUACAGAUUUCCCACGUCCCGAUAUGUUAGUCAGCUGUCUGGCUGAUGGUGUACAAGUCGAAAUACAUAUUACCGAACCCGGCUUCAAUGGCGUACUCUACGUGAAGGGCCAUAGCAAGGAUGAGGAAUGUCGUCGUGUGGUGAAUUUAGCUGGUGAAAGUGUACCGCGUACGGAAAUCUUCCGCGUACACUUCGGCAGCUGCGGCAUGCAGGCAGUUAAGGAUAUUGCUAGCUUCGUGCUAGUCAUACAAAAGCAUCCGAAAUUGGUUACAUACAAGGCGCAAGCUUACAACAUCAAAUGUGUCUACCAGACCGGUGAGAAGAAUGUCACCUUAGGUUUCAAUGUAUCCAUGUUAACCACAGCGGGCACAAUUGCCAACACUGGCCCGCCGCCAAUCUGUCAAAUGCGCAUCAUAACACACGAAGGUGAAGAGAUCAACUCUGCGGAGAUUGGUGACAAUCUGAAACUGCAAGUUGACGUCGAGCCAGCAACAAUCUAUGGUGGCUUCGCACGUUCCUGCAUUGCCAAAACAAUGGAGGAUAACAUUGAGAACGAGUACAUUGUCACCGAUGAGAAUGGAUGCGCUACAGAUGCGUCAAUCUUUGGCGAAUGGGAAUACAAUCCCGAUACCAACAGCCUUAUGGCUAACUUCAAUGCUUUCAAAUUCCCCUCCAGCGAUAAUAUACGCUUCCAAUGUAACAUACGUGUCUGCUUUGGUAAAUGUCAACCGGUUAACUGUCGCGGCUACAAUGCAUUCGGACGAAGGAGACGUCGUGCUAUUGCCGAUAAUUCCACCGACUCAACAGCGGUGGCGACCAACACCGGCAUGGAAGGACAAUUGCGCGAGGAGAUAACUAUCUCAUCGAACGCCAUCUUGACAUUCGAAAAGCGCAGCGGACCGGGCAUCAAUGAUGCGAACAUCAAACCGGCGGCACAGCGCGUCGAAGACAUUUGCGUCUCCAUGGUGGGUCUAAUAAUAGCGCUCGUCAUAACCGCUUUGCUAGCGUUGGUAGCGGUCGCCGUAGCCGUCUCCUGUUGGCUAAUGGCCUAUCGUCGACGACCCAAAACAUUAGCACCGCUACCACAUCCGCCAGAGUUCCCCAAUCCGCUAUUCGCGAAUCCCGAAGCUGUGCCAGAACCCACACCCGAUUAUCUAUCAUAAGCAAUGAUAGACGAGAGUAAAUAUGCAAAUAGUAAAUAGUUUAGUUAAGAAAUUAAUUGAAUGCAAGUAAAUUAGAAUUUAGUCAAGAAACAAUGUAUAGAAAUCGAAAUAUUUGAGAAGCACGUGCAAAAAGUUGAGAGCAUUAAUUACAGAUAAUAUGAGAGCAGCUAUUUGCUAUAAAAAAUAUUUGAAAACGUGCAAAGAAAAACAAAAGUGUCAAGAGGCAGCAUAAUUGCUGAAUAACAAGAAAAAUAUCAAACGAAAACUGGAUGGUCAAAAUUUGCUAGAAACAUGAAAAUAAAUGUAAUAUAAUAAAUGUAUAGGAUACUACUUCUCAACCAUGACAUUCCUAAAGAGCGUAGCCGAGGUUAGUUAGACGACCGGCUACGCGCUCGUAUUAUAACUAAUAUGAGAAUUUCAAGUAGCUUUUGGCAAUUUAUGGCAAAAGAGAGCAUGCGAAAAAUGCAAGAAAGAGGAAAAAAAAAUAUUUUUAUUUGAGUAAUUUUGUACAGAUUUAAUUUAAACGAAGGAAAUUUUUUUUUAAAUAUUUUUUUAAGUACUCUUAGUAGCAGCCAAUUUUAUGAAAAUGUAGCUAGAAAAAGAAAACAAAGUAACUAAGAACAACUGCCAAAGCUAUAACACUGCUAACGUUUAGAGGAUAAACAUAUAAAGGAGGAGCGCAAAGGCAUUUCGCAUAAUUUCAGAAGGAAUUUUAUAAGGAAAGAAAGCUCGUUCACCAAAUUACAAGCCAAAUGCCACCAGCAUAUACAGCUUAAGCGAAGCUACGAAGGAAUUCUCGUCUAACAAAUACAACUUCUUCAUUAGUCGAACUACACACAAACACAUAUACACAUAUACACAAACACACACGCAAUAAAGUAAUUGCGCUGCCACUUACCUUUACAAACUACCUAUAUAUUAUAGCAAUUAAGUGAGCGACUUGUCUUCCUAUAAAAAACGAAAGUAAAGUAGUUACAUACAUAUAUAGUAUAAUGGAACUGUGUAGGUGGUGGGGUACUUCGACACUAAAGCUCUAUAUUUAUACAUACAUAUAUGCACUUGUAUUAUAGAAACAAAACUGCACUCAAACCAAGUAAAUAGUUACAUACAUAUACAAUAUAAAUAUGUAUGUAGUUACAUAAAAACCUUUCCUAUAAUUUUAAAAGAAGUAACCAAGAAACUGCCCUUAGAGACGAAGCAUAAGCAGAGAAUUUGAAAAAAAAAAAAAAUACUCCAUUGCACAGGCAGCAAGGCAGUGUGCAGAGAAGACGCUUUACGCUUAAAAAA